UGAGCUGUGGGAGCGCUCCCGUCGGGCUCCGGGUGCGAGCGGCGUGCAGAAGAAGACAAUCAACGCAGAGAGCUGUGACCUUCUGCUCCUCUCCAGCGUGCGGGGUUCCUGCCGAAGCCGAGCCGAGCUCCUGCGGCACAAGGAGCUUCUUCCUGAAGACGAGCAGCUCCUCGGGUCUCUGUCAUCUUCUCCAGGUGUCGUCGGGCUCACGACUCUCUUCCAGGUGAGGACGCCCACCAUGUCCACAGAGGUGCCGACGUUCACGCAGCCGCUGCAAAACAUCGUGGCCCUCGAAGGCACCACGGCGACCUUGGAGGCACGAGUCAGCGGUGUGCCGGUUCCAGAGGUCAGCUGGUUCCGUGACGGCCAGGUGCUGUCUAUGGCCACCCUGCCCGGGGCUCACAUCUCGUGCGCCGACGGCCGCGCCGUGCUCACGAUCCCUGCCGUGACGGCCGCGCACAGCGGGAGGUUCUCGGUGCGAGCCACGAAUGUCGCCGGACAAGCGACGAGCACGGCCGAGCUGGUGGUCACAGCUGAAACUGCGCCGCCCACCUUCAUCCAGAAGCUGCAGAGCAUGGCGGUGAAACAGGGCAGCCAGGCGACCCUGUCCGUGCGCGUCACCGGAACGCCGGCCCCCGACGUGAAGUUUUUCAGGGAGGGAACAGAGAUCCAGAGCUCCAGCGAUUUCCGCCUCGUGCAGGAUGGAGACCAGCACAGCCUGCUCGUCGCCGAAGCCUUUCCCGAGGACUCGGGCAUGUUCUCCGUCACGGCUACCAACAGCAGCGGGAAGGCCACCUGUACGGCGCAGCUCCUGGUUCAAGGAGAAGAAGCCCCUUCCUCCUUUCAGAUAAUGACCACUGUAGUGUCAUCUGAUCAGAUUUUUCACAAAUACCAAACAAGCGCCAUAAAGGCUGAAGAUGUUGUUCAGAGUCCCACACCUGCUGGAGAAGUCAUGGUUCCUCCCACAAUUGUGGUUGGUUUGAGCAACACGACAGUCACCGAGGGAGAGGCGGUGACUCUGGAGUGCCAGGUCUCUGGCCGGCCCACGCCCGCCGUCGUGUGGUUCAGGGAGGAAUACAAGAUCGAGAACUCCUCCGACUUCCGCCUCUCCUUCGAGAACGGACGCGCUCGCCUGACGAUCCGCGAGGCCUUCGCCGAGGACAGCGGGCGCUUCUCCUGCACGGCCACCAGCGAGGCCGGGACCGCCAGCACGUCCUGCUACCUCGCUGUGAAAGUGUCGGAAGAGGCCGAGAUGAAGGAAGCCCUUUCCAGCACCGUCUCCAGACAAAUUGCCACUGAGGCGGUGCACGUCGCCAUGGAGACCAAAAAACAGACCGUGUCAGAGGUGAACGGUAUGUUGGAGCACAUGGAGUCAGACACAGGAACGCCGCCAUUCUUUGUGACCAAGCCUUCUGUGCAGAGACUGGUGGAGGGCAGGAGUGUGGCCUUCGAGUGCCAGGUCGGCGGUAAUCCUCAGCCCCACGUCUACUGGAAGAAAGGCGGCGUACCGCUGAGCAACGGCUACAGACACAAGAUUUCCCAUGACAAGGACAGCGGAAUGUGUCGGCUGGAGAUAUCCAUGAUGCUCGCCGAUGACGCAGGACAUUAUGUGAUUACCGCCAGGAAUCGACUGGGAGAGGCUUCUGCUUCGGCCAUCCUGCUCAAGGAAGAGGAGUACGAGGCUCUCACCAAACAGCAAAAAAUGGGCUUUGGAAAGGAAAUCACCAGCGUAGUGCGAGAAAUCAAGGCCAUGGGUGCCCCUUCCGUGAUGACAGGCGGUUAUCGCAUGGGCCAUGUGGCCACGCAGAAGAGGACGCUUCAGCAGACAGCAGUGAUGAAGAGCAGGAUUAUAGAGCAGGAAUUCCAUAUCUCUGCCUUUGAGGAGAGGAUAAUCCAGGAGAUCGAACUGCACAUCCGUAAGAUCAGCUACCAGGAGCUGGCGGCUGAGGACGGCGAGCAGAUGGUGAUGGACGUGGCAGAAAACGAAGCUAUGGAGCCAGUGUUCCUCACACCAGCGAAGAGCCAAAGGAUCACAGAGGGAGCUGGAGUCACCUUCUGCUGCAAGAUGGCAGGAACUCCGCUGCCCAAGGUUGCAUGGUACAAAGAUGGCAAACGCAUUCGGCACAGUGACCAUUACCAGAUUGAAGUUCAGCCGAAUGGAGAAGUCAGUCUCCACAUACCUGCGGUGCAGCCUGAGGACGAGGGCAUCUACACAGCUUUCGCUGCCAACAUGAAAGGAAACGCUGUGAGCUCAGGCAAACUCCAGGUGGAGCCCAGCACUGCAGUGGUGGCACAGCCUUAUGUCCCUCAGCCACAGAGGACAAUUCGUUCCACAUCCCCACCUUCUGUGGGUCACUCCGUAGUGUCUAGACUGGAUGAAAAUGAAGAAGGUGAGCUGGAGAAAAUGUACAAGCCCAUAUUUAUCAUGAGACCCUCUUCACUCAAGUGCUCGGAGGGCCAGACUGCCAGGUUUGACGUAAAAGUUGUUGGUAGUCCAAUGCCGGAGACCUUCUGGUUUCAUAACGGGAAUCCAGUGCGCAAUGACAACACCCACAAGAUGGUGGUGAAAGAAGACGGCAUUCAGUCGCUGAUCGUGGUUCCUGCUACCCCUGAGGACUCAGGAGAGUGGGUCGUUGUUGCUCAGAACCGAUUUGGGCAAAGCUCAAUCUCCAUGAAUCUUACUGUUGAGGCUAAAGAAACAUUAACGCGUCCCAAGUUCACUGAGAAGCUGAAGAACAUUAGUAUCAAGGAGGGUGCUGAGAUUGAGUUUGUCGUGAAGGCCACUGGAAACCCAAUUCCGGAUAUUGCUUGGCUCAAAAGCAGUGACAUCAUUUCAGAAUACAAGUAUCCAAAUUACAGGCUUGAGGGGACAAAAGGAGAAUCAAAAUUUAAGAUCACAGCUGCCACCGGCUCAGACACUGCAUGGUACACGGCCAUCGCUGUCAACAAGGUGGGAAGAGACACCACCCGCUUUAAGGUGAACGUCAAGGUGGAGUCCAGCGACUUCAGGCCCGAGAGGAGGCUCAUCAUCCCCAAGGGCACAUACAAAGCCAAAGAUAUUGCCCCUCCGGAGCUGGAGCCGCUGCCUCUUCGCUACGGUCUUGAGCAGUGGGAGGAGGGUGACCUCUAUGACAAGGACAAGCAGCAGAAGCCACAUUUCAAGAAGAAGCUCUCCUCAGUGAGGCUGAAGCGUUUCGGACCCGUACACUUCGACUGCAGGCUAACCCCCAUCGGUGAUCCUACCAUGACUGUGGAGUGGCUUCAAGAUGGCCAGCCACUGGCAGCCGCUAACAGACUGCGCAUGACUAAUGAGUUUGGCUACUGCAGCCUUGACUACGAAGUGGCUUAUUCGAGAGACAGCGGCGUCAUCACCUGCAGGGCUUCUAACAAGUAUGGAUCUGACCAGACUUCCGCUACCCUCAUUGUGAAAGACGAAAAGGGCCUGGUGGAGGAAACUCAACUGCCGGAAGGCAUCAAGGGAAGACACAGGAUUGAGGAGAUAGAACGCACAGCCCACGAGGGGGCUCCGACAGGUGUCACAGAUGAUGAAGCAUCUGAGAAGACAAAGCCUGAGAUUGUCCUCCUCCCUGAGCCGGCAAGUGUGCUGGAAGGUGGCACUGCCAGAUUCCGCUGCAGAGUUACCGGAUAUCCAGCCCCAAAGGUGAACUGGUACCUCAACAAGCAGCUCAUUCGCAAGAGCAAACGAUUCAGGCUCCGUUAUGACGGCAUUUACUACUUUGAGAUUACUGACUGUAAGUCGUAUGAUUCUGGAGAAGUGAAGGUCACAGCAGAGAAUCCAGAGGGUGUCGCUGAGCACUGUGUGAAGCUGGAGAUCAAGCAGAAAGAGGACUUUCGCUCCAUCCUUCGUCGUGCACCUGAGCUGAAGAGCCCUGAGACUGGUGGUGCUCCUGAGCAAGGGGGAUUGCCGUUCAAAGUCAUCAAGGCUGAUAAACCACCUGAGCCCUCCCAGCCCAAAGAGACCGUGAAACUGAAGAAGGCAGAGCGGAUCAUCCAUGAAAUAGCCCCCGAAGAAACAGAGGAGCUGAAAAAUAAAUUCAAGCGCCGGACAGAGGAAGGCUAUUAUGAAGCUAUAACGGCAUUGGAAAUGAAGCCCCAUAAGAAGGAUGAUUCAUAUGAAGGUAUGCUGAAGAAAAGGAAGGGGGAACUUCUUCACUGGACCAAGGAGGUGCCCAAAGAGGAGAAAGAAGAGCAAGGAGACAGAGGAACAAUUACAGUUACGAGACAAGAAAAAAUACAGCUGGAUCCCAGCAUGAGAGCUCCCAAGAUCUUGGACCGCAUCCUGAGCCAAACCAUUUAUGAGGGUGAAGAGGCCCACUUCCGAGUCAGAGUAGAUGGGCAUCCAACCCCGGAGUGCCUGUGGUUCAAGAAUGGAGUGGCUCUGGAGAAAUCAAAUCGCGUUUACUGGUUCUGGCCAGAGGACAGUGUUUGUGACUUAGUGAUAAAAGAUGUCACUGCAGAAGACUCUGCUAGCAUCAUGGUUAAAGCUGUCAGUGCCGCUGGAGAGACUUCAAGUCACACAUUUCUGCUUGUACAAGGCAAACAUGUCAUCAGCUUCACUCAACAACUGGAGGAUGUAAUCGCCAAGGAGAAGGACACCAUGGUGACAUUUGAGUGUGAAACCAGCGAGCCAUUUGUCAAAGUAAAAUGGCUUAAGAACGAUGUGGAGAUCUUUUCUGGAGACAAAUACAGGAUGCACUUUGACAGGAAGGUGCAUUUCCUCUCUGUGCUCACUAUUGACAUGGAUGAUGCUGCCGAGUACACCUGUGCAGUCAGUGAUGCUGAUCACAUCAGAACCUCUGCCAGGCUAACUGUUGAGGGUGCCCCGCUGUACAUUAUCAAGAACCUGGAGAAUGUUGAAGUUCCCGAGUCCUACACUGGAAAGCUUGAGUGUGAAGUGUCACGUGAGGAUGCUGAGGGCAUCUGGUACUUCGAGGACAUGGAGAUCAGUCCCAGCAGCAAAUACAUAAUUUCCUCUCGUCGUGGAUACCGCAGUCUCGUUGUCAAAGAUGUUGGGAAGGAGGACCAAGGGGAAUACACCUUUGUUACGGGUGAUCUGAUGACCACCGCCACAAUGAAAAUUACAUUGAGACCCGUGACGAUCUUGCAAGGGCUCUCGGACUUGACAAUAAGUGAAGGUAGCAAUGCUGUACUGGAGGUGAAGUUCUCUCAGGAGAAUGUUGAAGGCACUUGGUUUAAGGACGGUGAAGGUAUCUCUGAAGCCGCACACAUCCAUAUGUUGAGUGACAAGCACAUGAACAAGCUCGUCAUUGAAGGGGCGACAAAGGAUGAUGCUGGAGUGUACACUUUUGUUGUUGCUGAUCAGAACGUCUCCACCUCUGCAAAGCUGACUGUUCAGAUCAUCAGUAUUUUGACUCCGCUUGAGGACGUGGCCACAAUAGAAGGCACUAAGGCGGUCCUUGAGGCCAAAAUCUCGGUUGCUGACGUAACCUCUGUGAAGUGGUAUCACGAUGAUGAGCUGCUGAUGCCCAGUGAGCGGGUGCAAUCGAUCGCCAAAGGAUCGAAGCAGCGCUUGGUCUUCAACAGAACCUUUGCCUCCGAUGAUGGAUACUACAGACUGGUUGUUGGCAGAGCAGACACCAGCUGUGGGUUGGCUGUCGAAAAUAUCGACAUUGUGAAGGCUAUGGAAGAUCAGGUGUGUUUGGAAACUGAAGAUGUCACCUUUGAGGUGGAGCUCUCCCACCCCGGCAUCGAUGUCAUUUGGAGCUUCAAAAACCAGCAGCUCAAAAACGAUGCGAAGUACAAAAUCCAGUCGGAUGGAAAGCAUUACUCUCUCACUGUAGUGUUGAGCACGAAGGAGGAGGAAGGCCUGUACGUGUUUGAAGCUGGAGAAAAGAGCUGCAGUGCCACACUUACAGUUUCAGGUGGUGCAGUUACAAAAGUCCUGGAGGAUGUGGUCGUGGCAGAAUCGCAGACUGCCAUCCUGGGGUGCGAGGUGGCCAACCCGAACGCUGAAGGCCGCUGGCUGAAAGAUGGACAACGCCUUGUCUUUAACGACAACAUCCGGAGCGAGGAACUCGAUUUCGUCCGGCGCCUCGUCAUCGUCAUCACUAGGCCACAGGAUGCUGGCGAAUACACCUACCAUGUGGGCAACUCCGUGUCAGCGGCUAACCUGAAGGUGGAAGCUGUGAAGAUCAAGAAGACGCUUAAGAACCAGAUGGUCACCGAAACACACGAUGCAGUAUUUGCUCUAGAGCUCAGCCAUGAAAACGUGACAGGAUCCCUGUGGACCAAGAAUGGAGUGGAGAUUCACUCGAGUGACAAGUUUGCUUUUGGGAUAGAUGGUACGCUCCACAGCCUGACCAUCCGUAACUGCUCAACACACGAUGAGGCUGUCUACGGAUUUAAACUCGGAAAGCUCUUCACGACUGCCAGGCUGGACAUUGACACAAUCAAGAUUGUGAAGAAACCCAAAGAUGUGACGUGUCUGGUGGACGGUACGGCUUCCUUCGACCUCACCCUGACUCACGACGACAUUCCUGUGAAAUGGAUGUUCCGCAACACAGAGCUGAUGCCCGGUGAGAACUGUGAGAUAGUGUCUGCUAAGAAGAUGCACAAACUGACCCUGAAGAAUGUGGAGAGCCACAAUGCCGGGGAGUACACGGCCGCGGUUGGCCAUCUGCAGUGCGUCUCCUCGCUACAUGUCGAGUCUGUGAGUGUCACAAAAGCAAUGAAGGAUACAAAGGUUCCCGAGACCAAGACGGCUACCUUUGAGUGUGAGGUUUCACACAGCAACGUACCUUUCGCUUGGCUGAAGGACGGUGUGGAGAUUGAGCCGAGUCACAGGUUCAGGAUAGCGGCGGAGGGCAAAGUCCAUCAGCUGAAGAUCCUGAACGUCAGCCAGGAGGACGCAGCAGAAUACACUUUCAUCUGUGGCAGCGAUGGAGUGUCGGCCACUCUGACAGUGUCUGGGAAAACACAAAUAAAGGAGAGAGCACCCAUAUCUCUGGGAUACUGUGAGGAGGAGGACACGUCUUCUGUCCCACCGAGCCCAAAGGAAGUGAGCUCCACCACAGAAGCGGUGCCUACAGUCUCCCGGGGGAGCCAGGGGGGAAACGUUGAGGGCGUCCCCCCAGCAGUCCUUCAGCCUCUCGCACAUAGUCGACUCGCUGAAACCGAGAUGUUGGUGUUGGUCGUGGAGAGAGGCACGAACUAUAUGAGUGGAGCUGCUGAAGAUGAUAAUGUUUGUGAGGUAGCAGGUGGCAGUAGGAGGGCAAAGAGCCCCACUGUGCUGCUGGUGGUCAAACCCCAGGAAGGAAGGGCAGAGCCCACCCAUCAGUGCGUCUUAGAGCUUCAUCUUGAGGAAGACGGUUCAUCAAGGCCUCCUUCCCCUCAGGAGAUCUUGGUGGAAGUAGAAAUGCGAGCGAACAAGGUGGAGCAGCAUGAGGGACACAUGGAAAUCACAGCAGUUCCACAGAACACGGUGGGAAACAUGAGUGUGGACCUUUCCCUCGGCUUCCUGCCCGGUCCCCACGCGGAGAACCUGUUUGACUUUGUCCAGCAGGAGACUGAUGAUGUGACCGUAGCGUUUGAGCUCACAGAAAUACCACCGAGGUUCAUAGACCCAGUGUGCGACACGGAGGCCCCUGACUGUGGCAACGCAGAGUCCGAGUGCUCUUUGGUGGGACGUCCUGCACCGGCAGCCACCUGGUUCAACGAUGGUCUCAGAGUCCCACACAAUGGACAGAAGUAUCUCUGCGAGUCAGAUGCAGACAAACAUCUCGUGCAGAGUUUGAGCGCGAGCCCCUGUGGCAGCGAUGCGUGCAGCUGUGAGGCUGUAGACGAGGCGACCGAGACGCUCUGCAGUUCCUCUCUCCAUGUCGUCCGCUCUCAGGCUGCGCCAGGAACGGAAGGAGGGAACAUCGCUCAUCCCGGCGGCGCCGAAGCUGCAUCCCAUAUGUUCCACUUUGACGUUGGAGGUUCAUCGGCACAUGGAGAUGACGCUUCUGAGAUAGAGCUGGAGUUGGAAUUUGGCUCCGGAGCAGAGGAGCCGCAGGAAGGGGUCAGAGUCGUGGCGAAGAGCGAAGACCACGCAACCUCACAGAGGGAGUCUCUCCAUCUCAACAUUUUCUCUCGAGCGACUGAAGGCGAGAAGGUCCGGCUGGAUGCAAAGGACUCGGAUGCCUGCAGCUUUCGGGUGCCUGUUAGCAUGUCGACAGAGGUGCCCAAGUUGACGCCGCCGCCGCUGCCGCCGCCGCCGCCGCCGGGCCUUGGGGCAUCAGAGGGUAGUGCCCCAGCGCCACAGGAUCCCGCUGACGAUGCGGCUGCGAUCCCUGCUCGGAAGACCAAGGCCACUGAGGGCCUGAACGACACAAGUGCGCUUGAGGGAGAGACGGUGACUCUGGAGUGUCAGAUCUCUGGCCGGCCCACGCCCACCAUCGUGUGGUUCAGAGAGGAACGCAAGAUCGAGAACUCCUCCGACUUCCGCCUCUCCUUCGAGAAGGGACGCGCUCGGCUGGAGAUCGGCGAGGCCUUCGCCGAAGACAGCGGGCGCUUCUCCUGCACGGCCACCGGAGAGGCCGGGACCGCCAGCACGUCCUGCUACCUCACUGUCCACGGAAAUUUUGAAAAGAACGUAAAGAACAAUGAAACGACAAUGAAGACGGAGGCGACCGCGGAGACCCAGGACCGUGAAGUUCUCCCCCCGGUGGUCAUUAGUGACUGUAACAAGCAACAGGCAGUGGUAAUCAAGAACUUUGCCCCAGAGAAGGUGUGGAGCUCUCCAAAAACAGUUCUCAGCUCCAGCUUGGAGCCAGUGUCUGUGGGCCUGCUUGGGCCUCUGGCGCUGGAGGAAGGCCCCGUGGUGGCUCCCGUGUGGACGCGGGUGGGCCGCAAGCUGACGUACAGCGUGGAGUACCGCGACUUCUCUCUCGAGAAGCUGGGCACCCUGCUGGCUCAGAGCAAAGCCCCCCAAGGCUCGGGACCCCGUGUUACUGUGGCUGCAAACGAGGCCCGAAACAGCACAGACUCUUCAGGAUUGAUGGUGCAAACGAGGCCAACACCAUCCCCCGGUGAUGGCGACCGGAGAAGGGGUUUGAGGCCCGGGGGCGGAGGAGACAAACCUCCGCCAGAUGCCAACCCCUUUGGCUUCCAGCUCAAGGCCGUUCCUCUGAAGUUCAUCAAGGACGUCAAGGACAUCGUGCUGCAGGAGGCCGAGUCCAUUGGUUCCUCAGCCCUCUUUGAGUGCGAGGUGUCGCCUUCCACCGCCAUCACCUCAUGGAUGAAGGAUGGGAGCAGCCUGAGGGAGAGCCCCAAGUACAAGUUCACCUCAGAUGGCAAGGACCGCAAGCUAGCCAUCAUUGACGUGCAGCUGUCCGACCAGGGGGAGUACACCUGUAUUGCCAAACUGGGCAACAAGGAGAAGACCUCCAUGGCCAGGCUCAUCGUCGAAGAACUACCAGUGAAAUUCACAAAGACCCUGAAGGAGGAGAUGUCCGUAAUUACGGGACAGCCUCUGUACCUGACGUGUGAGCUGAAUAAGGAGAGGGACGUGGUGUGGAAGAAGAAUGGAGAGCCCCUUGAGGCUGUCCCGGAGAAGGUCACAGUCAAUGUCAUUGGAAUGCAGCACAGCGUGACCAUUCAGAACAUGGGCAAAGAGGACGUCGCUGUGUACACGUGUGAAUGCGGCAGCAUCAAGACAGAAGCUAACGUCACACUCUUGGUACAAGAGAUUCCGCUGACCAUCAUCAGUCCGCUGAGAGACCAGCACACCUACGAGGAGGAAGAGGCUCGCUUCGAGUGCGAGCUGUCCAGGGAGGCCAAGAGCUUCCGCUGGCUCCGAGAGUCCGAGGAGCUGCAGGCCAGCGACAAGUAUGAGAUGCUUCAUGAUGGUACUAAACACACGCUGGUGGUCAAGUCCAUCACCAAGGAGGACCUCGUCAAGUAUGUCUUUGAAGCCGAAGGCUUGAUAUCCUUCGGCAGAAUAAUCUCCAAAGGUAUUCGUCUCGAGUUCAUCAAGCCCCUCACGGAGGUGACGGUCAAGGAGCGCGAGACUGCGGAGUUCAAGGUGGAGCUCUCUCAUGAGAAGGUGCAGGUGGUGUGGUACAAGAACGACGCACGUGUGCUCCCCAGCAAAACUGUGCAAAUAUCCGAGGAGGGCAAGAUGCACACGUUGACCUUCCGAGGCGUCUCUAUGGACGACACAUCCAUGAUAAAGGUGGAGGCGAUGGGCAAGACUUCAGAGGCCAUGCUCAACGUCAUUGAGGGAGACCCUUUCUUCGUGACCAAGCUGCAGGACUACACGGCCGUGGAGAAGGACGAAGCUGUGCUCGUGUGCGAGCUGAACAAGGCCAGCGCCGAGGUCCGCUGGUUCAAAGACAACGAGGAAGUCACGCCCUCCAAAAACAUCAUCAUCAGGGCUGAGGGCACCAAGCGCAUGCUGACCAUCAGGAGGGCUGAGAAGAAAGACGCCGGCGAAUUCACAUGCGACUGCGGUGCUGAGAAAACCUCAGCCAAGCUGAGCAUCGAGGAGCGCGACAUCAAGGUGAUGCGCCCCUUGUACGGCGUUGAAGUGACCGAGAUGGAAAGCGCUCGCUUUGAGGUGGAGAUCUCUGAGGAGGACGUCCACGGGCAGUGGAAACUCAAGGGAGAGACCCUCCAGCCAUCGCCUGACUGUGAGAUCAAGGAGGAGGGAGCUCGGCACGUCCUCGUCCUCUACAACGUGCGCAUGGACCAGGCGGGAGCAGUCGACUUCCAGGCGGCCAACGCAAAGUCGAGUGCCCAGCUCAGGGUGAAAGCGCGCAAGAUCACCAUGUCGCGACCCCUGAAGGACGUGACGGUGACGGCCGGAGAGACGGCCGUCUUCGAGUGCGAGCUGUCCUACGAGGGAAUUGCGGUCCAGUGGUUCCUGGGCAGCACCAAGCUGGAGCCCAGCGACAGAGUGGUGACCCAAGCGAAGGGUAAAGCCCAUUGUCUGACCCUGAAAGACGUGAAGCUGGCUGAGGCUGGAGAGGUCAAACUGACCGCAAAGGACUUUGUGGCUCCCGCCAAACUCAUUGUGAACGAGCCAGCGGUUCAGUUCACAAAGCCUCUGGAGGACCAGACUGUGGAGGAGGAGUCCACCGCCAUCCUGGAGUGCGAAGUGUCCCGAGAAAACGCUGUGGUCAGAUGGUUCAGAGAUGGCCAGGAGAUCCUCAAAACCAAAAAGCACGAAAUCGUCGCCGAAGGCCGGAAGAGAAGGCUCCUCAUCGCCGACUGCACACCUGACGACUCUAAGACGUACACAUGUGAUUCCAAAGACUUCAAAACUUCUGCUUUCCUGAGCGUGGAACCUCCACGUGUCGAGUUCACGAAGCCUCUUCAGGAUGUUGAGGUCAAAGAGAAGGAACCUGCUAGAUUUGAAUGUGAGGUUUCUCGCGAGAAUGCGAAGGUGCGUUGGUUGAAGGACGGCUGUGAAAUCAGAAAGAGCAAAAAGUACGAGGUCAUCGUUAAGGGUUUCCAGCACAUUCUUAUCAUUAACAAGACAGCUUUUGAUGAUGAAGCCGAAUACGAAUGUAACGCCAGAACCUCAAAAUCGUCCGGCAUCCUCACUGUUGUCGAGGAGGAGGCUUCCUUUGUGAAGAACCUGUUUAAUAUGGAAGGCACAGAAGCCGAGAGCAUCAAGUUGAUCUGCGAGGUGUCGAAGCCCAGCGCUGAUGUUAGGUGGUUCAAAGGCGACAAGGAGCUCCCCGAGGGUGGCAGGUACGAGCACGUGGUGGACGGCCGCAAGAGGAUGCUGCUCAUAAAGAACCUGUGCGUGGAAGAUGGUGGAGAGUACAGCUGCAGGCUGCCAAGCUCACAGACGACAGCGACGCUGAAGAUCAACGAACUGGCAGCUGAGUUUCUUACCAAACCUCAAAGCCAGAGAGCCGUUGAAGGUGAGAAGGUGGAGUUUGUCUGCACCAUCACCAAAGAGGCACAGGAAGUCAGAUGGUUCAGAGCGAAGACCGAGCUUGUUGCUGGGGAAAAGUAUGACAUCAUCAGCGAUGGCUGCAGAAGAGCUCUUGUGAUCAAGGAGUGCAUUCUGGAAGACAAGGGCUCCUACUCGGCUGUCAUCGGCUCCACAAGGGCUACUGCGGAGUUGACUGUACUUGAAAAGCUCAGAGUGAUCACACCCAUCAAAGACACAGAAGUUAUCGAGGGACAGGAGAUUGUUUUCAACUGCGAGGUGAACGCGGAAGGCGUCAAAGCCAAGUGGCUUAAAAACGAGGAGACGCUGUUUGAAAGCGCCAAAUACGCCAUGUUACAGAAGGAUACCGUUUUCUCCCUGAGGAUUAAAGAUGCUCAGAAGUCAGAUGAAGCACAAUACAGCGUCAGCCUGACAAACCAGCGUGGGGAGCACACCAAGAGCUCUGCCGGUCUCACUGUGAAAGCUGAGGAGUUGAGGUUCAUCGAGCCUCUUGAGGACUGCGAGACUCAGGAGAAGAAGACGGCCACCUUUACCUGCAAGGUGAACAGAACCAAUGUGACAGUGAAAUGGAUGAGGGGCGAUCAGGAGAUAACCUUCAGCAAGCGCGUGGUCUACAGGGCAGACAAGAACAAGCACACACUGACCAUCAGGGACUGCAAGAUGGAUGACGAAGGAGAUUACUCGGCAGUUGUCGGCUCUGACAGAUCUACUGCUGAGCUCAUCAUCAGCGAGGCCCCCACCGACUUCUCCAGUCAGCUCAGAGACCAGACUGUCACCGAGUUUGAGGACGCAGAGUUCACCUGCGAGCUCUCCAAGGAAAAGGCUGAGGUCAAGUGGUUCAGGAAUGGCCGCGCGAUCCGAGAAGGACCCAGAUACCACAUUGAGAAAGAGGGCAAGACGUGCAAACUGUAUGUGAGAGUGUGCCGACCAGAUGACGAGUGUGAGUACACGUGUGCCGUGGGAGAGAUGCGCACACGUGCCAGACUCUUUGUCGAAGAAAUCCCAGUGGAGAUUGUCAGGCCUCCCGCCGAUGUGUUCGAACGACCUGGAUCGGACGCCGUGUUCGAGGCAGAGCUCAACAAAGACAGAGUCGAAGUGAAGUGGCUGAGGAACAACAUGAUUAUUGUCCAGGGUGACAAGUACCAGAUGAUAAGUGAAGGGAAGGUUCACAGGCUGCAGGUGUGUGAGAUCAGGCCUCGGGACCAAGGCGAGUACAGGAUCCUGGCCAAGGACAAGGAUGCCAGAGCUAAGCUGGAGCUGGCAGCUGCACCACAGUUCAAGACCACAGAUCAGAACCUUGUGACGGAUGCAGGAAAGCCCUUCGUCAUGGUUGUCCCCUUUGACGCUUACCCCCGUGCUGAAGGCCAGUGGUUCUUCAAAGACACUAGCUUGCCUGGGCAGAACGUGGACACGUCUACUGACAGGACAGAGUACAGGCUCAAGGAACCGCGGAAGUCAGAUCAGGGCCGCUACAAGAUCGUCAUUCAGAAUAAGCAUGGGAAGAGCGAGGCGUACAUUAACUUGGAAGUUAUAGAUGUGCCCGGUCCGGUGAAGAACCUGAAUGUGGUGGACACGGCCGACGGAGAGGUCAGCCUUGCUUGGGAUGAGCCAGAGAGUGACGGCGGCAGCAAGAUUGUUGCCUAUACGGUGGAAAGGCGUGAUGUAAAGCGUAGGACAUGGACGUUGGCCACAGACCGCGCUGACUGCCCCGAGUACUGUGUGGGCGGCCUUCAGAGGGACAACUUCUACCUGUUCCGUGUGAGCGCCCGCAAUCGUGUGGGCACCGGACAGCCUGUGGAGACGGACAAGCCUGUGCAGGCGAAGAACAAGUUUGACCCUCCUGAUGCGCCACAGAAUGUUAUUGUGGGCAGUGUGAACCGGUUUGGUGCCACUCUCUCCUGGGAGCCCCCAGCAUUUGACGGAGGCUCUGAGAUCACGUCCUACAUCAUUGAGUUCCGCGACAGGACUUCGGUGAGGUGGGACGUAGCCCUGGCAACAAAGGCCAAAGAGCACAGCGCGACCCUUACCGACGUCAUUGAAAACAAAGAAUACAUCUUCCGCGUCAAAGCGGAGAACAAGGCUGGAGUCGGCAAGCCAAGUGCUGCUACAAAUCCAGUGAAGAUCAUGGACCCCAUUGAGAGGCCAAGCCCGCCACUGAACUUGGAUUACUCGGAGCAGACUAAGACCUCUGUCCUGCUCGCAUGGGAGAUACCUCUGAGCAACGGAGGAAGCCCCAUCACUGGAUACAUCAUUGAGAAGUGCGAGGAUGGAAGUGAAAAGUGGCUCCGAUGUAAUGCAAGACUCUGUCAGGACCUAAGCUACAAGGUGACUGGACUGAAACAAGGAACAAAGUACCUUUACAGAGUGUCGGCUGAGAAUGCCGCUGGAGUAUCAGAUCCACACGAGCAGAUCGGACCCCUCCUGGCAGAUGAUCCACAUGUCGCUCCUACCCUUGACCUUGAUGCUUUCAAAAACGGCCUGGAGGUCUUCGUUCCGAACCCGGUGGCCAUCCGCAUUCCGAUCACGGGGUACCCUUUGCCCACUGCCAAGUGGAGUGUGGGCGACAAGGAGCUGGUGGCUGGAGACCGCGUGUCCAUGGGCACCAGGCACAAGACCGCGGAGCUGAUCAUCACACCGAGUGCACGCUCAGAUAAAGGCAUCUACACCGUGUACCUGGAGAACGAUGUUGCCACGAUCUCGGGAGAAAUUGAAGUUAACGUCAUUGCUGCCCCAAGUCCACCCAGGGACUUCAAGGUGUCCGAGGUCACGAGGCACCAUGUGCACCUGAUGUGGGAGGCACCUGAGCAUGAUGGAGGGAGCCCUGUGACAUACUACCAAGUUGAGAAACGCGAGGUGUCCCGCAAAACAUGGGUCAAGGUUGCCAGCGGUAUUGAGGACCUGGAAUACACGGUGACAGAUGUUAUCGAGGGCAAAGAAUAUUUGUUCAGUGUUGCUGCCUGCAACCGCUGUGGCCCUGGAGAGCCUGUGUACCUUGAGGAACCCGUGAAUGUGUCUUCUCCAGCCACCGUCCCUGAAGCACCGGAGAACCUGAAAUGGAGGGACAAGUCUGCUUCUGGCAUCUGCCUUCUUUGGGAGCCUCCAAAAUAUGACGGCGGUGCCGGAAUCAAGGGCUAUAUUGUGGAAAAGUGCCAACGUGGCACAGAUAAGUGGGAGCCCUGUGGAGACAUGGUGUCUGAUUUGAAGUCCCAGGUAACAGGACUCACUGAGGGACAGUGGUACGCCUACAGAGUAAGAGCCACAAACAGACUGGGUGCUGGCAAACCCUGCCGGGCCACAGAUGAGAUUCAGGCUGUUGAUCCGAAAGAACCUCCGGAAAUCCAGCUGGAUGUGAAACUGCUUGCCGGUCUGACCGCCACAGCCGGAUCCAAAAUCGAACUGCCAGUGAAAGUCCUUGGAAAACCAGAACCCAAAAUCACAUGGACCAGGGCUGACCUUGUCCUGAAAGCAGAUGACAGGACCUCAAUUGAAACCAAACCAGGUCGCUCUGUUGUGACUGUGGCUAAAACCCAGCGAGAUGACACAGGAACAUACAUCGUAGAGGCUGUGAACAGCAGCGGCCGUUGUACUGCAACUGUCGAGGUUAACAUUCUUGACAAGCCAGGCCCUCCAGCUGCAUUUGACAUCUCUGACAUCACAAAUAAGUCAUGCAUCCUGGCAUGGAACCCGCCAAGAGAUGACGGUGGCUCUGAGGUCACCAACUACAUUAUAGAGAAGAGGGCUUCAGAUAGCGAGCAAUGGCAGAAGCUCUCCUCCACUGUGAAGCAAACUAAUUUUAAAGCUUGUCAACUUGUAGCUCUAAAGGAGUACGUCUUCAGAGUGUUUGCUGAGAACCAGUAUGGAAUUGGGACCCCAGCAGAACAUGUGCCUAUCGUGGCUAAAUAUUCCUUUGACACCCCUGGUGCUCCUACUAGAGUGGAACCAUCUGAUAUUGCCAAGGAUGCUGUGACCCUUAAGUGGUAUGAACCUGAUGAAGAUGGUGGAAGUCCCGUUACAGGAUACUGGAUAGAGAGGUUUGACCCUGAGACUGACAAGUGGAUCCGGUGCAACAAACUGCCAGUCCUGGAUACAAAUUUCAGAGUGAAAGGACUGCCCACAAAAAAGAAAUACAGAUUCCGUGUCUUGGCUGAGAAUCUUGCUGGAGCGGGGAAACCAAGCCAGGAGACUGACCAGAUCUUGGUUAAAGAUCCAAUUGAUCCUCCUUGGGCCCCCGGUAAGCCAUUCAUCAAAGAAAUUGCUAAGACCUCUGCCUUGCUGCAGUGGACCAGGCCUGAGCAUGACGGUGGAGCCAAAAUUGAGUCAUAUGUCAUCGAGCUGCAGAAGACUGGAACUGAAGACUGGGUUCGUGUGGCUGAGGGUGUGUCCAUGACAGAGCACUUACUGACAGGACUGAUGGAGAAGCAGGAGUACUCUUUCAGGGUCAGAGCCAUCAAUAAAACAGGAGAGAGUGAGCCCAGUGACCCCAGCGAUCCUGUGAUCUGCAAGGAGAGACUCUAUCCUCCCGCUCCACCACGCUGGCUGGAGGUGGUGAACGUUACCAAGAACAGUGCAGAGCUCAAGUGGAAUGCUCCGGAUUCUGACGGGGGCUCCCCUGUCACCAACUACAUAGUGGAGAAGCGAGACGUGAGACGCAAAGCGUGGCAGGCAGUGGACACCACUGUGAAGGACACACAGUACACUGUCACUCCUCUGAACGAGGGCUCCCUGUACGUGUUCCGUGUGGCUGCUGAGAACGCCGCUGGACAGAGUGACUACACUGAACUUGAGGACUCCAUCCUGGCAAAGGACACUUUCACUACUCCCGGACCACCAUAUGCUUUGACUGUGCUGGAGGUGACCAAGAGACAUGUUGAUCUGAAAUGGGAAGCUCCCAAGAAUGAUGGCGGUAGACCCAUAACAAAAUAUGUAAUUGAAAAGAAAGAGAAGAUGGCUACACGCUGGAUGAAAGCAGGGAAGACCCAAGGUCCAGAACGCACAUACCAAGUGGCAGAUGUUACAGAAGGAAUGGAGGUCCAAUUCCAAGUCUGUGCUGAGAAUGAGGCUGGCACUGGACAACCGAGCGAGCCCACUGACGUUCUCACCAUUCAGGAUCCGACAAGUCCACCAUCUGUUCCGCUGGAAGUGAAAAUCUCUGAUGCCAGUCGACAGCACAUCUCCAUCACCUGGAAGAUUCCGGAAAAGCAUGGGGGUAGUCCCAUCCUGGGGUACCACAUUGAGCUCUCAGAGGCAGGCACAGAAAAGUGGAUGAGGGUCAAUUCCCGUCCUGUCAAGGAACUCCGCUACAGAGUGGAGGAAGGCAUCAAACCAGAGAAACAAUAUGUCAUAAGGAUUCGGGCAAUAAAUGCCAUUGGUGUUAGCGAUCCCUCUGAGAUCUCCGAUGCCGUAUUUGCGAAAGACCCUGAAUGCAUCCCAACCCUUGAUCUGAAAUGCCAGGACGUCGAGGUAGUUGAAGGUGGGAGAUUGCAGCUUUCUGUCCUGUACAAAGGAGUGCCAGUGCCAACAGCAUCCUGGAAGAAGGAUGGAGCUGAGCUGAAGGCUGAUGACAGAGUGUCUCUGAGUUGUGAAUUAUCUGCAGCUUGCUUAGAAAUUCCCAAAUGUGUAUGUGCUGACUGUGGCGAAUAUACAAUCACACUUGAGAACAAGCUUGGAUCGGCCACUGGGACAGUCAAAGUUAAAAUCAUAGGCUUGCCAGGACAGUGCAAGGAAAUUGUUGAAAGUGAAGUCACAAAGAAUUCUUGUAAGCUUACUUGGGGCCCACCCGAGAACGAUGGUGGCAGCCCCAUCCUCCACUACGUCCUGGAGCGCAGAGAGGCCAACAAGAAAACGUACAUACCAGUGAUGUCUGGGGAGAACCAAGUGAGCUGGACUGUGAAGGACUUGCUGAUGAAUUUACAGUACUACUUUAGAGUCAAGGCUGUCAACAAGGUUGGGGCUGGAGAGUUUGUUGAAAUUCGCAACCCUGUCAUCACCGAGGACCAAAAAGAGCGCCCUGAUCCACCUAUAAAUGUUGAAGCUCGUGAUCCAAGUUCCCAGUCUGUGACCUUGACUUGGAAAGCGCCAGAGAACGAUGGUGGCUCUGCCAUCAUAGGUUAUAUUCUGGAGAAGAUUGAGAAGGAUGGAGACAGGUUUCAAAGAUGUAAUGAGGAUCCUGUGCCUGGCUUCUCUUACACCUUGAAAGGCCUGACAGAAGGAAAGGAGUACCAGUUCCGGGUACGUGCUGAGAAUGCUUGUGGACUCAGCGAUCCUUCCCACAGUACUCCACUGAUCAAGGCUGUUGACCCUGUUGAUCCUCCCAAGGUCUCUCUUAAGGGAGGGUUGCAAUAUGGCCUAAGCCUCAAAAAAGGUGAAGAGAUCAAAAUCGAUGCCUUCAUCUCUGGAUCUCCAUACCCAACGAUGACAUGGUUCAGGAAUGAUGAAGUCCUCAAACCAGGGGCCGUCAAGAAGAAACAAGAGAAGCCAGUCCUGAGGAAGAAGAAAGCAAAGGAUGCCCCUCCAGAGCCAGAAGAGCCUUACCACCCACCCAUUGAAGAGCGCCUCUCCUUCGACCUCAGUAAGAGGGGUGAGACCAGUAUAAUGGUUCGUGACUCCAUUCGAAGUGAUCAUGGGACAUUCUUGAUAAAAGUUGAAAACAUUCAUGGCUCUGCAACUGCAACCUGUGAUGUCAAUGUACUCGAUAAGCCUGGCCGGUGUUUGAAUUUUGCCUUCGAAGACAUCAGGAACAAUUCUGUUACCUGCAAAUGGGAUCCACCUGAGGACAAUGGUGGCAGUGAAAUCCUAAACUACAUCCUGGAGAAGAAAGACAGCAGCAAGGAUGACACGGCAUGGGUCACUGUGACCUCAGCAUCAAAGGGCUGCUCCUGUCCAGUGACGAAGUUGAUUGAAGGAAAGGAGUAUGUUUUCCGUGUCACAGCUGAGAAUAAGUUUGGUUCUGGAUAUCCAUGUUACUCAGCACGACUUGUGGCUAAAAAUGAGUUUGAACCUCCCGACGCACCCACCAUGCCUAGAAUUGUGGAUGUUUCUGCCAACAGUAUGCUGGUUACUUGGCAUGAACCCAAGGACAACGGCAGUCCCAUACUGGGCUACUGGAUUGAGAGGAAGGAAAUCAGCAGCAAAAACUGGACCAGAGUGAACCACAACUUACUUAACUCACUAGAAGUUCGGGCUGAAGGUCUCAAUGAAGGCCUGACAUAUGUUUUCAGAGUCUGUGCUGAAAACUUAGCUGGACCUGGAGAUUUCAGUGUACCAACAGAUUCUGCCAUUGCACAAGAUCCCAUCUUGCCUCCUGGCCCACCAGUACCAAGCAUUGUUGAUACAACCAAUUCAUCCAUUGAUGUGAAAUGGGAGCCCCCCCUGUUCCACGGAGGUGGCGAUAUUAUUGGAUACCAUGUUGAGAAGAUGGUGUUAGGUGAUAAAGACUGGUCUCGAGCCACAGAAAGACCGUGCAGGGAGCGCAAGUUUACCUUAACAGGCCUCACAGAGGGAGCUGAUUACAUUAUUCGUGUCAUUGCGGUCAACGAAUCAGGCGACGGAGUGCCUGGCCUCACGGAGUCUGUCACAGUAAAACAACCUCAAGAGGAUCCAGCUGUUGACUUUGAUGACUCUGUGAAAAACGGCGUCCUUAUCCGGGUUGGGGAAUCACUGAGGCUGCCUGCACACAUCACUGGUAGGCCUGUUCCUGAGGUGAAGUGGUUAAAAGACGAAGGAGAGCUUGAUAAAGAGCAUGUCGUCAUUGAGACGAAGGGAAAGACCAGCAUACUUACCAUUAAGAAUGCCUUAAGGACAGAUCAUGGCAAGUACCAGGUGAUCGGCACAAACAGCAGUGGAACCAAAACUGCAGAAACAAGAGUGGAUGUCAUGGAUGUUCCUGGGCUUGUGAGUGAUUUGAAGGCUGUCACAGUCACCAAAAGGAUGGUUUUACUGCACUGGUCUGAUCCUGUUGACAAUGGCGGGAGUGAAAUCAUUGGCUAUGUUGUGGAAAGAAAGGAUGCAAAGAUGCACAUAUUUCGGCAACCUCUGGAGACCUCUGCAUGCAAAUGUGAGAUCGUUGGGCUGCUCGAAGGAGAGGAAUACAUGUUCCGUGUUGUGGCCAAGAAUAAGUAUGGCUCCGGCCCUCCAUCUGAUCUGGGUCCUAUUCUUGCUGUGGAUCCAAAAGGUAUACCCAGCGCCCCCGACAGAUUCCAUUACACCGAAAGGACCAAGUCAACCAUUACUCUGACUUGGAAUCCACCCCGUAGUGACGGAGGAAGUCCUGUUUAUGGCUAUUAUGUGGAGAAACGGAGACAAGAAGGAGGAGAGUUUGAAAUUGCCAACCACCAGAUAUGCAGGGAAACCACAUUUACAGUGGAAAACCUCAAAGAACAUGAGAUGUACGACUUCCGUGUCAGGGCGGUAAAUGAAGUGGGAAAUGGUGAGCCUUCGCAGGAAUUAACCGUCACAAUUCAAGACGAUGAAGUCGCUCCUGUAAUUACAUUACUGAAGCAGAUCAAGCGAAAUACCCUUGUUGUCAAGGAUGGAGAGGCAGUUGAAAUACCUGCAGAGGUGAACGGUCUCCCGCUUCCCAAUAUCAAGUGGUCUAAGGAUGGAGCUGUCAUUGAGAAAUCUACUGAGACACUCCUGAUUGAAACUGAGGAGGUGCACAGAUCGAAAGCUACAACCACUCUACGCAUCCCCAUAACUGGCAGAUGGGACAAAGGCUCCUACGUUCUCACAGCCUCAAAUCACCGUGGAACAGCUAACCAGUACAUAAAAAUAGUGAUUUUUGACUGUCCAUUACCACCACGAAACAUUGUGGUUUCUGACAUCAGAGCAGAGUCCUGCUAUCUGACAUGGGAUGCCCCAGAAGAUAACGGAAGCAGUGAUAUCACAAACUAUAUUAUUGAUAAGAGGGAUGCCAGCAAGAAGAAGUCAGACUGGGAGAAUGUUACUAGUUGCAUUGUUGACAGACGUUAUGAAGUGACUAAACUUGAAGCCAAUGCAACCUACCAGUUCAGAAUCCGAGCCGAGAACAAGUAUGGAGUAAGUGAUGGUUGUGAGUCUGAGAAGGUCGUCCUCAGGGAUCCAUUUGGUCUUCCUGGUCCACCGGGGAAGCCAAGGAUUAUUUCCUGCACCAGGAGUUCUAUGAUGCUAACCUGGGACCCCCCCUUGGACAAUGGCGGCUCUACCAUCCAAGGCUAUUGGCUCGAGAAGAGAGAACGUGGGGGUGUCUACUGGAGCCGGGUGAAUCGCGCCCCAGUCACGAAACCUGCAGUCAAAGGCCUGGAGUUCAAUGUCUUGCGGCUCAUUGAAGGCAUUGAGUACCAGUUUCGUGUGAUGGCCUGCAAUGCUGCGGGCAUAGGCCCACACAGUGAAAACUCAGAUUUUGCUUUCACAGCUGACCCAUGCAAUCCGCCAAGUGCGCCAUCAAGUCCUGAUGUUACAGACAAAACGAAUGACAGCGUGACCCUCACGUGGCGUGUGCCAGACAAAGAUGGUGGCAGUCCCAUCCUGGGCUACAUCAUUGAGGUUCAGGAUGAAGGAGCAACUGAAUGGAAAAGGGUAAAUGAACCAGACAAACUGAUCCUUGCAACGAAGUUUACUGUGCAGAAUCUGCAGGAGAACAAACAAUGCAGGUUCAGGGUGGUUGCAGUGAGCGCGGCAGGCGAGUCGGAUCCCAGUGCAAGGUCUGGUGCCAUCCUCGUCAAAGAGUUCGAAGAGGAGCCGAAGGUAACCAUCGAAGUUAGCGCCCAUCAGUUAACGUCCUGUCCGGCUGGAUCAACAAUCAGAAUCCCUGCAACCAUCCAUGGACUCCCUGUUCCUAAAGUUACGUGGGAGUUUGAUGGCACUGCAAAGACUGAAAAGAAGAACAAUCUUCACACACUUCCUGUGGAUUCAGAGGUUGAAUCUACAAAUACAACAUCAACAGUAAUAAUCCCACAGUGUAAAGUAAGCCAUGAUGGCAGAUAUAUCAUAACAGCUGAAAACAAAGCUGGACAGAAAGUUGUCAAAGUUCGAGUCAAUGUGGUCGACUCACCUGGACCUCCAAGGGAUCUCAAAGUCAGUGAUAUUACAAGGAGUUCAUGCAGACUCACAUGGAAACCUCCUAUUAGUGAUGGUGGUGAGAGGAUCAUGAGCUACUUCAUUGAGAAGAAAACCGUAGAAGGAAAAGCCUGGACAAAAGUGAACCCAGCCUGUGCUACUCAGUCAUUUGUUGUACCUGAUCUCAAUCAGGGACAGGAUUACCUUUUCCGCAUCCGUGCAGAGAACAGUUAUGGCAUGGGGCCAUUCAUAGAAACCAUUCAGAGGACAACAGCUAGAGAUCCCAUUUAUCCACCUGACCCUCCAACAAGGGUGAAGAUUAGGGAAGUGACAAAGAGCACUGUAACUCUGACAUGGAAAGCACCCAAGAAUGAUGGCGGUGCUCCGGUGACACACUACAUUGUUGAACGACUUUACUGGGACACCAGUGGGGCACAAAAGGAGUCCUGGAGACAGUGCAACAGGCGUGACAUUGAGGAGACCACAUUCAAGGUCGAGAAUCUCAAUGAAGGCGGCGAAUAUGAGUUCCGUGUGAAGGCUGUGAAUGUGGUUGGUGCUGGAAAACCAUCCUCCACUGCUGGACCAGUUGUAGUCAAAGACCAAACAUGUGCACCCUCUAUUGAACUUGAUGAAUUCAUGGAAGUCGAGCAAGGGUCGGACAUCAGCAUCAUUGCCAAGAUCACAGGGUGCCCUUUCCCCACCCUUUUCUGGCAGAAGGCUCCACCCCACAAAGCUGAAGACAAGAGUGAUGUGCAGUAUGACGAGCAUGUUAACAAGCUGGUUUCUGACAACAGCUGCACCCUGCUGAUCUGCCAGGGCAAGAGAGCAGACACUGGCCUGUACACAAUCACAGCAAGCAACAGUCUUGGGACAGCCUCCAAAGAAAUGCGACUCAAUGUCCUUGGAUGCCCUGGAGCACCAUCGGCACCUAUUAAGAUUGAGGAAGUCUCUGCUGAGAAGAUCACCCUGUCAUGGCUACCCCCGAAAGAUGAUGGCGGGUCAAAAGUCACCAACUAUGUCAUUGAGAAGCGUGUGGCUAAUAGGAAGACCUGGAUGCAUGUCACUAGUGAGCCCAAAGAGCGCAUAUACACUGUGGAAAAUCUCAUGGAUGGCUAUGAGUAUGUGUUCAGGAUCAGGGCUCAGAACAAAUAUGGUGUUGGUGAUCCCCUUGACAGCGAGCCAGAGAAGGCUAGAGAUCUUUACUUGCCCCCUGGCCAGUGUGAAAAGCCAACUGUUUCAAGCGUGACCCACCAGUCUAUGACAAUCAACUGGGAAGAACCAGAGGACGACGGCGGAUCCCCAGUGACCGGCUACUGGCUGGAGCGCAAAGAGACGACGGCUAAGCGCUGGAACAGGGUGACUCGUGACCCUAUUCGACCUAUGCCUCUUGGUGUAUCUCACAAUGUGACGGGUCUUAUCGAAGGGUCCGAGUACCAGUUCCGUGUGACAGCCAUCAAUGCGGCAGGAUGUGGACUCCCAAGUGCGCCGUCUGACCCCAUCUUUGCCAGAGAACCUAUGUCCCCUCCUGGACCGCCUACUGCAAAAGUGACAGACUGGUCCAAAUCAGCUGUUCAUGUGGAAUGGAUUCCACCGCUUAAGGAUGGUGGAUCAAAGAUCAUUGGAUAUGUUGUUGAAUACAAAGAAGAGGGCCAAGAAGAAUGGAAAAAAGCUAUAGAUAAGGAAGUAAGAGGCAGAAAAUUAGCAGUGACUGGACUGAAAGAACUUGGACUCUACAGGUUUAGGGUUAGGGCAUUAAAUGCUGCCGGUCUUGGAGAACCUGGUGAAGUUGCUGAUGUGAUUGAAGUCAAGGACAGGAUAAUUGCUCCAGAGGUGGAGCUGGAUGUUUCUGUGAAAGAGAAGAUAAUCAUUCAUGUUGGAGGUGAAUUUCACAUCUUGGCCCAUGUGUCUGGCAAGCCGGCCCCCCAGAUCACAUGGGACCGAGAUGGCCGUAACUUACCAGAAGGAGCUGUGGUUGAGACCACUGCUACCAGCUCUUCUGUUACACACAAGAAAUGUACCAGAAAAGAUAGAGGAACUUAUACAUUAACAGCUAAGAAUGAAGGAGGUGAAACUAAGAAACUCGUCAUUGUGGAUGUGUUGGAUGUGCCUGGUCCAGUUGGUGUACCACUAUCCACAGAAAAUCUAACUAGUGACUCUUGCAAACUGAACUGGUUUUUCCCUGAUGAGGAUGGCGGCUCACCUGUCACCAAUUUCAUUGUUGAGAAGCGUGAGGCUGAACACAAGACCUGGACUCCAACAUUUAGCAACGUCACCAGGCAAUGUGCCAUUAUCCAUAAUCUAGUUCUUGGGAAAUCCUACUUCUUCAGAGUUGCGCCUGAAAAUGCAGUUGGAAUGGGACCCUUCACUGCCACGACUUCAGAUAUCGUCAUUCGCGACCGAAUAAGUCCACCUGAGCGUCCUGAGGAACUGGAAGUUACAGCCGUCACAAAGAACUACAUCAGCUUGACCUGGAAACCACCUAAAUAUGAUGGUGGCUCUGACAUCACUAUGUAUAUCCUGGAAGCCCGUUCAAUUGGGAAGGAUAAGUUUGUCCGACUCACAAAGGAUAAGCUGCUGGGGAGAAAGUUCACAUUUGAGGGUCUGCGAGAAGGUGAUGCCUAUGAAUUCCGUGUCAGUGCUGUUAAUGAAAUUGGCCAAGGAAAGUACUCCUUCUGCACUAAGCAAAUCACUUGCAGGGACCAGCUUGAACCCCCGACUAUUGAAGCUGAUUUCCGUGACAAGGUCAUUGUGCGUGUCGGCGAGUCUUUUGCUCUCCAAGGUCGCUAUGCUGGAAAGCCAGCUCCUACCAUCACGUGGACCAAGGAUGACCAUGAGCUUAAGGCUGACAACCACAUCAAGUUUAAGAAGACCUCCAACACAAUGUGCAUCUAUGUGAUUAAAGCAAAGCGUGAGCACAGUGGCCGAUACUGCGUGCUAGUGGAGAACAGCACUGGUUCGCGCAAAGGCAUCUGCAAUGUCAUUGUUGUUGAUCGUCCACUACCUCCUGAAGGCCCAAUUGUAUUUGAAGAAGUUCACAGAGAUCACAUGGUUAUUUCCUGGAAACCUCCUCUUGAUAAUGGUGGUUCUGAGAUUUCGAACUAUGUUGUUGAGAAGAAGGAAGGAAGCAGAGAUAUCUGGAUGAAUGUAACAUCUGCAACCACAAAAAUGACAUGCAAAGUUCCCAAGCUGGUUGAGGGAAAACAGUAUGUGAUGAGAGUCUGUGCUGAGAACAUGUAUGGCAUUAGUGAUCCACUGGAGUCUGAAGAGAUGAGAGCCAAAGAUUUAUUUAGAGUACCUGGGGCACCCGAGCAGCCAAUUGUAAAGGAGGUCUUCAGAAACUCAGCACUUGUGAUUUGGACACGACCACGUGAUGGUGGCAAGCCCAUCACUAACUACAUUUUGGAGAAGAAAGAAACCUCAUCAAAGAGAUGGUCACGAGCCACACGGGACCCAAUUUUCCCUGAUACGCAGUACAGGGUGCAGGACCUUACUGAAGGCUGUGAAUAUGAAUUCCGAGCCAUGGCUGAAAAUGAAAUGGGAGUCGGUGACCCUAGUGAACCAUCUAAACCAAUUGUUGCCAAAGAUCCAACUGUGCUUCCAAGUCCGCCAGUCCUCCCAGAAAUUGUUGACAAGACUAAGGAUUCUGUUAGUUUGUCCUGGCAGCUGCCUCGCCAUGAUGGGAAGGGCAAACUCUUUGGCUAUCUUAUUGAAUAUCAGAAGGCUGGUGAUGAAGAGUGGACCAAGGCCAAUGAGACUCCUGAAUCAUGUCCAGAGACAAAGUUCAAAGUCUGCAAUCUUGUGGAUGGACAACAGUAUAAAUUCAGGGUCAUGGUUGUAAAUGCUGCCGGUCAAUCUGAACCUGCCUAUGUCAGAGAUCUAGUAACUGUGCAUGACAGACUAGAGGCUCCAGAGCUCCUGCUUGAUGCCAAUAUGGCUCGUGACCACCUGGCUAUGGCUGGUACAAAUGUUGUUUUGAGUGCCCGCAUUAAGGGCAUACCAUUCCCAAAUGUCACGUGGAAAAAGAAUGAUGCUGAUGUUCCUCCUAGAGCAAGUACUGAGACUACUCAUGUGGGAAGCAAACUAGAAAUUAAAAAUUGCCUGCGCUCCGACUGUGGGAAUUACACUAUAACGGUAGAAAAUCCAGCUGGAUCAAAGACUGCUACAUGCACUCUGCUUGUUUUAGAUAAACCUAGUCCGCCCCGGGAUCUGACCAUUUCUGAAGUGACCAGUGAGUCAGCCUACCUUUCCUGGAAAGAGCCAAAGGAUGAUGGAGGUGCUGUUAUUUCUCACUAUAUUGUGGAGAAGCGAGAUGUGGCUUCUGAUAAAUGGGUUCCAGUUUGUGCCAGUUCCAAGAAACGCACCUUGAUGGCUCUGUACUUGGUGGAAGGCGUACAGUAUAUAUUUCGUGUUGCUGCUGAAAACCAGUUUGGGAAGAGUGAAUACGCUUCAUCUAAGAAACCCAUCAAGGCCGUGGACCCUCUCUAUCCUCCUGGUCCACCAAAAAACUUGCAUCAUGUGGAUGCAGACAAAACCGAAGUUUGGCUACAAUGGGAGUGGCCAGAACGCACUGGUGGGAGUGAGGUCACUGCUUUUGUAGUUGAAUACCAGGAGGAAGGAGCCAAAGACUGGAUCACCUUCAAAACAGUUACUAAACCUGAAUGCCAUGUCACUGGACUCGAGGAAGGAAAGACCUACAGGUUCAGUGUGAAAGCACAAAAUGCAAUUGGCUUGAGCCGCCCUGACACUACAAUACCCAUCCUCUGCCAAGGGAAACUAGUUGCACCAAGUAUUGAAGUUGAUGUUAAGUUAAUUGAAGGCAUUGUAGUGAAAGCUGGAAGUACUAUAACUCUUCCUGCAACAAUGACGGGCAUUCCCACCCCUAUUGCAAAGUGGGUCAGUGAUGGCAAAGAAAUGAAAACGGAAGGCAAUGUUAACAUUGAGACAAGAGACUCCUCCACAAUCCUCAGCAUUAAGGACUGCACACGAAAGGACAGUGGAGAAUAUAUUCUCACAGUGAGUAAUCCUGCUGGAAGCAAGACAGUGGCUUUGCACAUCACUGUUCUCGAUGUUCCAUCAGCACCAACUGGCCCUGUCAAUAUUCUUGAAGUUAGACCUGAUCACAUGGUCAUCAACUGGCGCCCCCCAAAAGAUGAUGGUGGUACACCUUUGAUGAGUUAUAUUGUGGAGAAGAAGGAUUCAAAGAAGCCAUGGGAACCGUGGGGAGUUGUGAGCUCUGGAAACAUCAGCACACAAGCUAAGAUUUCACGUCUGGAGAAGGGCCGUGAAUACAUUGUACGAAUUCGUGCAGAGAACAAGAUUGGUAUUGGUGAAUCACUUGAAAGUCCACCAACUGUGGCUAAGUUCAUGUUUGACCCACCUAGUUCUCCAGGCCCACCAGAUGCCUAUGACAUUACAGAAAAUGCUAUGACUCUGCAGUGGGAAGAACCACUUUCUGACGGCGGCAGUCCAAUCAGUGGUUACAUUGUUGAGCGCAGGGAAAUAACAGGUAAAUGGAUUCGUGUGAACAAAACACCUGUUUUGGAUAUCAGAUACAGGGUGUCAGGACUGUUUGAGGGUAACUCGUAUGAGUUCAGAAUAUUUGCUGAAAACAUUGCUGGCAUCAGUGAACCUUCUCCUCCUUCAAAACCAUAUAAGGCCAAAAGAGCCAUCACCAAACCUGGACCUCCAAGCAACCUCAAACUGAAGGACUGGAGCAAGUCCUAUGCAGACAUCGUGUGGACUAAACCAACAAGAGAUGGAGGCAGCCCCAUCUUGGGUUACAUUGUUGAGUGUCAAAAAGCAGGUAGUGCUCAAUGGAACAAAAUUAACAAGGAUGAACUUAUCAAGCUAUGUGCAUUUAGAGUUCCAGGAUUAGUUGAAGGCACAGUGUAUAGAUUCCGAGUUAGAGCAUCGAAUAAGAUUGGAGAAGGAGAACCAAGGGAACUGUCUGAAACUGUGCUUGCUAAAGACAUCCUCGUUCCACCAGAAAUUAUUGUUGAUGCUGCUUGCCGGGACAUGGUAACAGUCCGAGCAGGUCAGAAUAUUGUCCUUGCUGCCCGCGUUAAAGGACGACCUAACCCAGAAAUUGUCUGGACUAAGGAUGCAAGGGCAUUAGGGAGAGACAAACGCACUGAGAUGAAUAAAAACUUCCCAUUCGUUGAUAUGGUCAUUAAGGAAGCAACCAGGGCAGAUUAUGGAAAGUAUGCCAUUCAAGCGAAGAACAGCAGUGGUCAGGCACAGGCAACUAUAAUAGUGAAUGUACUUGACAUUCCGGGACAAUGUCGCAAUCUAAAGACAACUUAUGUGACAAAAGACUCUUGUAUGGUAUCAUGCGAGAAUCCCGAAGACAACGGAGGCACAGAAAUUACAAAUUAUAUUAUUGAGCUCCGUCAGCCAAGCCAAAGAACUUGGUCAGUGGUCUCCAAUGAUUGCACCAAACGUCUUUUUAAGGCACCACUUAUGGAAAACUGUGAAUAUUUAUUCCGUGUCAGUGCAGAGAACAAAUGCGGUCCUGGACCAACAGUUGAGACCAGAACAGCAGUUCUGGCGGUUGAUCCAGUUGAGAAGCCUGGUGAGCCAGAGAAUUUGCAAAUUACUGAUAUUGGUAAGACAUUUGUUUUUCUUAAAUGGAAAAAACCUGACUAUGAUGGUGGUAGCCGCAACCUUGGCUACCAUGUGGAAAGGAAACCGAAAGAAGCAGACGAAUGGGAGAGACUUCACAAGGGAGCAAUAAAAGAAACAUAUUUCAUGGCUGAUAGAUGCAUUGAGAACCAAAUAUACCAAUUUAGAGUACAAACAAAGAAUGAAGGAGGCGAGAGUGACUGGGUGACAACAGCUGAGACUCUUGUCAAAGAAGAAAUAGCAGAACCAGUAAUUGAUAUUAAGUUGGCUGGUGUUCUCAUUGUAAAAGCUGGUGAUCCAAUUAAAAUUGAAGCUGGUCUUAAAGGAAAACCCCAGCCUGAAGUUAAGUGGCUAAAGGAAAAUGAUAUGGGGGAUAUUAACAAGAGCCCAAGACUUCAUGUGGACACUGGUGUGGAUUUCUCCAAGUUCCUCUUGACAGCAUCAAAACGUGAAGACAGCGGUAAAUAUGUUAUCACUGCAACAAACGCUGGUGGAAGCCGCACUGCUCAUGCUGUUGUGAACGUGCUGGAUAAGCCAGGUCCCAUCAGAAAUUUAAAGGUGUCUGGAAUUUCAGUGGACCGAUGCAAGUUGACGUGGGAUAUCCCUGAGGAUGAAGGUGGCUGCGACAUAAUGAACUACAUUGUGGAGAAAUGUGAGACAAAGAGAAUGGUCUGGUCUGUCCAUUCAGCUGCAGUCAUCAAAAACACCGCUAAUGUGACCCGCCUGCUGGAAGGAAAUGAGUACAUCUUCAGAGUACGAGCAGAGAACAAGAUGGGGGCUGGUCCAGCAGUUGAGAGUGAGGCCAUUGUGGCCAAGACUCAGUUCAGCAGACCUGGCCCACCAGACCCACCAGAAGUCACCAGGAUUGCCAAAGAAGAAAUGACUGUUUCAUGGUCUUCUCCAGAGUUUGAUGGUGGGAAGGCAAUUACAGGCUACAUCCUGGAACGAAAGGAGCAGCAUGCGAUUCGAUGGACCCCAGUUACAAAGAGUCCAAUCCCACAGACACACAUGAAUGUCACCAACUUGAUCCCAAACCACGAGUAUCAGUUCCGUGUCAAGGCUGAAAAUGAAAUCGGACUGGGAGAUCCUAGCAAGCCUUCAAGAUCUGUGAUUGCCAAGGAUGUACUUGAACCCCCAGGACCGCCAAUAAAUCUGAAAGUAGUUGAUAGCACAAAGACUUCAAUCACACUUGGGUGGGGAAAACCAGUAUCUGAUGGCGGUGCCCCCAUCAUUGGCUAUGUGGUGGAAAUAAGACCUCCUCCAAUUAAAAAGUCAGAUGAAGGUUGGAAGAGGUGUAACGUUGCUGCUCAGCUGACUGGCACUGAAUUCACCAUCACUAGUUUGGAAGAAAAAUUGCUGUACGAGUUCCGUGUGUCUGCACAAAAUCAAGUUGGCAUGGGCAAUCCAGCUAGUCUCAAGGAUGCUGUGUCACCCAGGGAGAUAUUGGUGGAUCCUGAAAUUGACAUGGACGCCAACCUUAAAAAGGGUCUCACCAUCAGAGCUGGGUGUCCCAUCCGGCUCUGUGCCACCGUCCGCGGAAGACCUUCCCCCAAAGUGAUCUGGAGAAGGAUGGGUAUUGAUAAUGUUGUGAGAAAAGGUCAUGUGGAUUUGAUUGACAGCAUGACUUUCCUCUUAAUCACUGACACUACACGUGACGAUUCUGGAAAAUAUUCCCUUACACUCAUAAGCCCUGCUGGGGAGAAGGCUGUGUUUGUCAAUGUUAAAGUCCUAGACACUCCAGGUCCUGUAACGGGCCUUGAAGUCAUGGAUAUGACAGUAACAUCCUGUGAACUCACUUGGUCUCCUCCUGAGAAUGAUGGUGGCAGUGAAGUCACGCACUACAUUGUUGAAAAGCGAGAAAUUGACAGAAAGACCUGGGGAACUGUUAACAAUAACGUGUCAAAGACCAGCUUAAAAAUUGGCAACCUUGUAGCUGGCACAGAAUAUUACUUCAGAGUGACAGCUGUUAAUCAGCAUGGCGAUGGUGUGCCAAAAGCUACCCCAAGGUCCUACCUAGCAUCUGACCCUAUCAGCAAGCCAGACCCACCAAUGAAAAUUGACGUACUGGAAAUCUCCAAGACCAGUGCAACUUUGGGUUGGGUGAAACCUCUCAGGGAUGGAGGAUCUAAGAUUGAUGGUUACGUAGUUGACUACCUAAUCGUAAUUCCUCCUAAGGAACCUGUUGAAGGUCAGCCUGUGGUACAGGAGGAAAAACCUGAGAUUUUGUGGACCCCAUAUUCUGUGGUCAAGGACUUGACUAUAAUUGUUGUUGGACUCAAGGAGGGCAAAAAAUACAAAUUCAGAGUAGCAGCAAGGAAUGCCAUGGGUUGCAGUCUACCCACAGAAACUAAGGAAGCAUUUGAAAUGAAGGAACAAAUGUUACCACCAACAGUGAUCAUGCCUGAUAUUAUAACUGCAAAAGCAGGAGAAAAACUCAGGGUUGAAGCCCUUGUUUCUGGAAAGCCACCACCAGUCUGUAAAUGGAAGAAAGGAGACAGUGAUGUGGUCCCAUCGAGUCGCCUUGCUAUGCACAAAUCUCAGCAUUGUUGUGUUCUCAUCAUCAAAGAUGUCUCAAGGAAAGACAGUGGUGAAUACAACCUUUCGGUUGAAAACAGCAGUGGAAAGGUGGAUCAAGGCUUGAAAAUUACCAUCAAGGACAUCCCUGGUCCACCACAGCCACCAUUUGUGAUUAGUGAUAUAGAUGCUGAUGCCUGCACACUGUCUUGGAAUCCACCACUGGAAGAUGGUGGGAGCAACAUCACUAAUUAUGUAGUUGAGAAAAGUGAUGUGAGCAGAGGCGACUGGGUCUCUGCCAUGUCAUCAUGCGGCAAGACUGGCUGUAGACUGGGAAAGCUUGUUCCUGGAAAGGAGUACAUCUUCCGUGUCCGGGCAGAGAACCGAUUUGGAGUUUCAGACCCCAUUGUGUCUGAGAGGAUGGUUGCAAAAUUCCCCUUUGAUGUCCCAGGUGAACCCCUGAACUGCCACAUCACCAAAGUCAACAAAGACUGCAUGUUUGUGGCCUGGGAUAAACCAGAGCUUGAUGGAGGCAGUCCUGUUACUGGAUACUACAUUGAACGCAAGGAGAGGAACAGCCUUCUUUGGGUCAAGGCUAAUGAUACAGUUGUUCGAACUACAGAAUACCCCUGUGCUGGCUUGAUCGAAGGUCUUGAGUAUACCUUUAGGGUUUCUGCCAUUAACCGUGCUGGACAGGGAAAACCAAGCAAAAAGACAGAGUUUGUCACAGCAAGAACACCAGUUGAUGCACCUGGCAAACCUGAAGUCCUUGAUGUGACUAAGAAUUCAGUCACCCUGGUGUGGGGCCGACCGAAGCAUGACGGUGGCAGCAAGAUCAUUGGGUAUUACGUGGAGGCUCUAAGGAUCCCUGAAGAUAAAUGGGUUCGGUGCAACAUUAGCAGUCAGAAUGUGCCCAGGGAGGAGUACACUGUCACUGGACUGGAGGAGGGAAGCCAGUACCAGUUCAGAAUCAUUGCCAAGACGGCUGUGAACCUUAGCAGACCUUCAGAAGUUUGUGACCCAGUGCUUAUCUCUGCAGAAAAUGUGCCACCAAGGAUUGAAAUUGGAAUUAGUAUGAAGAAGAUGCUCCCUGUGAAGGCAGGAACAACUGUUUGUCUGGAAGCUGAGGUGUUUGGAAAGCCAAUGCCAAAGGUGAUGUGGAAGAGGAAUGGAGAGACCCUAAAGCCUGGCGAAAGACUGCUGAUGAAACAGAAGAGACAUCUGUUCCUCUUGGAGCUAAUGUCAGUCACGAAAAAAGACACCGGAGUAUACACCAUUCUGGCAGAAAAUGCAAGUGGUUCUAAAACGGAAGAAAUUAAUCUGACAGUUCUGGACAUACCUGGUCCACCAGCUACAGUCAAAUUUGGGGAAGUGGGAAAUGAUCGCAUCCAGCUGAUCUGGGAGCCCCCAGUUGCAGAUGGUGGCUCACCAAUCACCAACUACAUUGUGGACAAACGGGACACCAGCAGGGCCGAGUGGGCACAGGUCACAGCUAAGAUCAAGGACACCGAAUGUACUGUAGAGAGGCUCAUAGAGGGCCGGGAAUAUCAGUUCCGUGUCCGUGCAGAGAACAGAUAUGGCGCUGGUGAACCCAUCCUGAGCAAUCCUAUUAUGGCUAAGAAUCAGUUUGAUGUCCCUGGACCUUGCGAACCUCCUGUCAUCACCAAUAUAACUAAAGAAAACAUGACAGUAAGUUGGAAGGAACCAGUCAGUGAUGGCGGUUCUGUUGUUCUUGGCUACGUGGUUGAGAAGCAGGAAACAAAAGACAUCAGAUGGUCUAGAGUCAACAAGAAGCCCAUUACAGAGAGGACAAUUGAAGCAAAAGGCCUUUCUGAGGGAGCUGAGUAUGAGUUCAGAGUUACUGCUCUCAAUAAAGCUGGCUUGGGCAAGCCAAGCGAUCCGUCAAAUGCUGUCUUUGCCCAUGAUCCAUUAUAUCCUCCUGGCCCGCCAGUGUCUCCAAAGGUUGUUGACACGACUAACAGCACUGUCAGCUUGACCUGGACACAACCUGCCAAAGACGGUGGAAGCAUCAUCUUAGGGUACCUGGUUGAGGUGAAACGAGCAGAUGGUGUAGACUGGAUAAGAUGCAACGUACCUAAGAAUCUCCAAGAGACAAAGUACACUGUAACAGGAUUGCUUGAAAACACUGAAUAUCAGUUCCGUGUGACUGCUGUCAAUAAGGUUGGCUUCGGUGAGCCCAGUGAAGUUCCAGGAAAGCAUGCUGCAAAGGACGUUCUAGUUGCUCCUGAAGCAGAUUUGAGUGAAGAACUCAAGCAAACCCUGGAGCUGCGUGCUGGAGCCCCAAUGAGACUUCACGUUCCUGUGAGAGGCCAUCCCACACCCAAAGUAACUUGGGCAAAGAUGAAUGCUAACAUCAAGGACAGACAGAGCAUUGUGAUAAAAACCACAGAGUCAGACACCAUGGUGUACGUUGAAAAAGUGAACAGAUAUGAUGCAGGAAAAUAUGUACUGAAUCUGGAGAGCAGCAGCGGAAUGAAGAUGUACACGAUCAUUGUCAAGGUUUUUGACACCCCAGGACCACCACUAAAUUUGAUGGUGAAGGAGACCUCAAAGGAGAGUGCUUCGAUUUCUUGGGAUGCUCCUUUGAUUGAUGGUGGAAGCCCUGUGAAGACCUACAUUGUGGAAAAACGUGACACAGAGAGAAAAGCCUGGUCUAGGGUAGCCACUGACUGCGCAACAAAAUCUUUCAUAAUUCAGGAUCUGGAGCCAGGCAGAUGCUACUGUUUCAGAGUCAUGGCUGAAAAUGAAUUCGGAAUUGGGGAACCAUGUGAAACCACCGAUGCAGUGAGAGCCUCAGAACAACCUGGGGCAGUUAAGGACUUCAAGGCAUUGCUAGUCACCAAAGAGUCAUGCACCCUUGCCUGGAAGAAACCAAUUAGUGAUGGCGGAAGUCGCAUUAUGGCAUACGUGCUGGAAGUCAAGAAUGGUGAUGACAGAUGGAAGGUGUUGAUGAGAUCGAAAAACAUGCAGUAUAGCGCCAAAGAUCUCAUAGAAGGAAGAGAGUACUUAUACCGCAUCAGAGCAGUGAAUGAUGCUGGAGAGGGUCCAGUGAAGGAACUUAAGGUGGUGGCAAAGGACAUUGUUGUUCCACCUGCAUGUGAAUUGAGAGAACUGGCAAAUUUGAACUACAUUGCAAAGGAAGGAAGCACAGUACGUCUGAAGAUCCCCAUUACUGGCAAGCCUGCUCCUUCUGUUACAUGGACGAAAGGGGAGGACGUUACUUUGACUAACAUUGGCCGAGUGAGCGUUGAGUCCACGGCCGUCCACACAACUCUUCUGAUCCGUGACUGUCAACGUAGUGAUGCCUCCAAAUACACGAUUACUUUAAGAAACAGUGCAGGGGCAAGGGAAUCGCACAUCUUUGUCAGGGUUGUGGGAAGGCCUGGAAUACCCACUGGACCAGUAAAAUUCAAAGAAGUCACUGCAGAUGGGCUCACAUUAAAAUGGGGUCACCCAAGGGAAGACGGCGGAUCAGAAAUAACUAACUAUGUUCUGGAGAAGAGGGAUUCCAUAACCAACAUGUGGGUUACAGUUUCUACAACUGUGGACACAAACUCUUAUAGAGUGAUGGGUCUUCACGAAGGGACCGAGUACAUAUUCAGAGUUAAAGCUGAAAAUAAGUAUGGAGCUGGAGAAAGCCUUAAAUCUGAAAGCAUUGUGGCCAAGCAUCCUUUCAAUGUACCUGACGCGCCACCUCCACCACAAGUGAUGUCUAUGUGGCAUGAUUCGGCGGUACUGGCCUGGUCUGAUCCGAGAAAAACUGGAGGCUCUCCAAUCACUGGCUAUCAUGUUGAGUUCAAGGAAAGGAACAGUUUGCUGUGGAAGAGGGCAAACAAAGCAGCACUGAAGCUGAAAGAUUACAGAGCGACUGGAUUAACGGAAGGACUUGAGUAUGAGUUCAGAGUGAUGGCCAUAAAUCUGGCUGGUGUUGGAAGGCCAAGUCUGCCAACACAGCCUUUGGUUGCCUUGGAUCCGAUUGACAACCCGGGUAAACCUGAUGCGAUUAGCGUUACAAAAAGUACUGUAACCCUUCAGUGGACUGAGCCCAAGUACGAUGGUGGACACAAGCUAACUGGCUACAUUGUCGAGAAACGUGAUCUGCCAGCCAAGGUCUGGACUAAAGCUAACAGUGUCAAUGUUGUAGACUGCGCGUUCACCGUGACAGACCUACAGGAGGGAUGCAAGUAUGAAUUCAGAAUAAGGGCAAAGAAUUCAGCAGGUGCGAUUAGUCCACCAUCAGAGCCUACAGACACCAUUAUCUGCAUGGAUGAGUACGAGGCACCAGCCAUCAUUAUUGAUUCCACUAUGAAAGAAGGGCUUAAAGUCCGAGCUGGUGACACUAUUGUCAUCACAGCCACCAGCAUAACUGGGAAACCAGCACCAACAGCUGUGUGGUCCAAAGCUGGAAAAGACUUCAAGCCAUCGGAUAUCUGCCAGAUUGAAACCACUCCAACAUCCUCUACAUUGUCUGUCAAAUAUGCCAGCAAGAAGGAUUCUGGAGAAUACACGAUUUCUGCCAGCAAUCCAUUCGGUGUUAAAGAGGAAAAUGUUAAAGUGCAGGUCUUAGAUGUUCCUGGUCCUCCUGGUCCUCUUGAAACCAGUAGUGUUUCUGCAGAAAAGAUCACACUGACAUGGUCACCACCACAUCAAGAUGGGGGCUCUCCAAUUAAAUCCUACACUCUUGAGAAGAGGGAAACCAGCCGCCUUCUAUGGACAAUACUUGCCGACAAUUUGGUGGACUGCCAUUUUGUUGCUCACAAGCUUAUCCAAGGCAAUGAAUAUAUAUUCCGUGUUUCAGCGGUAAACCAAUAUGGUGCAGGUGAAGCAACACAUUCAGAGCCAGUGAAAAUGGUGGACAGCUUCGGUCCACCUGGUCCUCCAUCAAAACCAGGAAUAGAGAAUGUGAGCCAAGACUCUGUGACCAUGUCAUGGAAAAGACCGUCUGACGAUGGAGGAAGUGAUAUCAUCGGCUACAGUGUUGAAAGAAAAGAACGGAAAGGGACAAGAUGGAUAAGAGCAACAAAGAAGCUAAUUUCAGAGCUGUAUUAUACUGUGUCAGGACUCCUUGAGGGAGUUGAAUAUGAAUUCCGUGUCACUGCAGAGAACAAAGCUGGCUUUGGAGAACCCAGUGAAUCAACACAUCCUGUGAAGACAAAAGGCGCAACAUAUGUACCUGGUCCUCCUGUCAACCCAAGAAUAACAGAUACAACUAAAUCCACUGCUACAUUCAACUGGGGCAAACCUCAUUUUGAUGGUGGGCUUGACAUUACUGGAUACAUAGUUGAGCAUAAAAAGGAAGGGUCGGAAGAGUGGGUUAAAGACACAACAACCACAGGCCUUAAAAUAACUGAAUUUGUCAUUCAAAAUCUGCAACUUGGAGGAAAAUAUAAUUUCAGAGUGAGUGCAGUGAACUCAGAAGGAGUUGGUGAACCAGCCCAGGUAGAAGAAAUUAUUGAAAUUGUGGAUCGCACAGAAGUCCCAGACUUUGAACUUGAUGCAGAGCUAAGAAGAACUCUUGUUGUCAAGGCUGGAGCUUCCAUACGCAUUUUUGUGCCAAUAAAGGGUCGCCCAACUCCUGAAGUCACAUGGAUGAAAGAAGAGACCUCGCUUAAAGGCCGGGCACACAUUGAUACCACGGAGUCGUACACACUUCUAGUUAUCCCAGACUGCAAUAAACAUGAUGCAGGAAAAUACAUCUUUACAUUAGAAAACAGUGCAGGCAAAAAAACUGCACAUGUCAUUGUCAAGGUUUUGGAUACACCUGGACCUCCCAUUAACCUGAAGACCCUAGAUAUUAAUAAGGAAAGUAUUACCCUCCAAUGGGAAAUGCCUAUAAUAGAUGGUGGGUCAAAGAUAAUAAACUACAUAGUUGAAAAGCGGGAGGCAACAAGAAAAGCAUACACUGCAGUGAUCACAAAGUGCCCAAAAUGUUCUGUCAGAGUUCCAAAUUUGGCAGAAGGCUCAGAAUAUUAUUUUAGAGUGAGAGCUGAAAAUGAAUUUGGCAUUGGUGAGCCUGUUGAAACAGCUGAUCCAAUAAGAGCUUCACAGGCACCAUCUCCUCCAGAGAAGGUCAAUGUAGUGGAUAUCACAAAGAAUUCAGUAGGUCUGGUGUGGACAAAACCAAAACAUGAUGGUGGCAACAGAAUCACCGGGUAUGUUAUUGAAGCACAGAAGAAAGGUUCAGAUCAGUGGGCUCAUGUGACUGCUGCGAAAACUUUAGACUGUAUUGUGAAAAAUCUAAAUGAAAAUGAUGAAUACACAUUCAGGGUCAUGGCAGUGAACAAUUCUGGAAGAAGUGAUCCUCGUGACAGCAGAGCUGUUAUCAUUAAGGAACAAACAACAGAACCUGCAUUUGACUUGCGUGGUCUUUGCCAGAAGUUAGUCAUUGCGAAGGCAGGAGAUGACAUAAAAGUUGAGAUUCUUGUUUUGGGUCAUCCAAAACCAUCUGUUUCCUGGAAAAAGGAUGAUCAGAACCUUAAACUGACUCAGAAACUAAAUGUUGAAAAUACACCUACUGCAACUAUCCUCAAUAUAACUGAAUGCUCAAGGAAUGACAGUGGACAGUACUCCAUCACAGCAAAGAACAUACUUGGGACAGUGACAGAAACAUUCACUAUUAAAGUACAUGAUAUUCCUGGCCCUCCAAAGGGACCGCUUAACUUAGACAAAAUUACCCCUAACUACAUUAUAAUGUCAUGGGACUCCCCUGAGAACGAUGGAGGAGUGCCAAUCAGCAAUUACAUUGUUGAAUUACGUCAAACCACCAGCACAACAUGGGUAGAGCUCUCAUCAGCAGUAAUCCGUACAACGUUUAAAGCAGAAUGUAUUUCAGCUGGGCUUGAGUAUCAGUUCCGUGUUAAAGCCAAAAACAGAUACGGAGUUGGGCCUCCUAUAACUUCAGAGGCGGUGGUUGCUGCCCAUCCAUUCAAGGUUCCUGGUCCACCAGGAACGCCACAUGUAGUGGCCUUCACUAGAGACACCAUGACAAUUGGGUGGAAUGAACCUGUUUUAGAUGGCGGAAGUGAAGUAAUUGGAUACCAUGUUGAAAGGAAGGAGAGGAGUAGUAUUACAUGGCAAAGGAUCAGUAAAGCCCUAGUGGUAGGAAAUAUUUUCAAAUCUACAGGACUCGAAUAUGGAAUUGCUUAUGAAUUCCGUGUGUUUGCUGAAAACAUAGCAGGCAUGGGAAAACCCAGUAAGCCAUCAGAGCCUAUGCUUGCCCUUGACCCCGUGGACCCCCCAGGCCAACCAGUAGCAGCUGAAAUUACUAAAUCAUCAGUGACUAUCCAGUGGACAAAGCCUGAAUAUGAUGGUGGAUUCAAGAUAACAGGGUACACUGUGGAAAAGAAAGACUUGCCAAAUGGACGCUGGGUUAAGGCUAAUUUUAGCAACAUCGUUGAGACCUCCUUCACCAUAAGUGGACUCACAGAGAACGCCUCCUAUGAAUUCCGUGUUUCUGCAAGAAACUUAGCUGGUGCCUUAAGUAAUCCAUCUGAACCAUCGAAUCCCAUCACCUGCAAAGAUGACAUUGAGGAGCCAAGAAUAAUGGUUGAUGUUAAGUUCAAAGAUGUCCUACUGGUAAAAGCCGGAGAACUCUUCAAACUUGAAGCUGACUUUACAGGUCAGCCAUUACCAUCAAUAGUUUGGACUAAAGACGAAAAGGAGAUUGAAAAUACAAUGAAAUUAGAAAUGAAAACAAAUGAUUCCUCUACAAUCUUGAUUAACAAAGAUUCCAUAAGAAGAGAUGGGGGCAUGUUCACAUUAACUGCUACCAAUGUCGGUGGUUUUGCCAAACAUAAGUUUAAUGUGAAAGUUCUUGAUAGGCCAGGUCCACCUCAAGGUUCACUUACUAUUACAGACAUCACUGCUGAAAGUUGUGUUCUUACAUGGUUGCCACCAACAGAUGAUGGUGGGGCUAAGAUUGAUCAUUACAUAAUAGAAAAGCGUGAAACAAGUAGACUUGCUUGGAUACAUGUUGCAUCAGAGCUGCAGGUCAAACAGAUCAAAGUGACAAAGUUGCUAAAAGGAAAUGAGUAUAUCUUCAGAGUUAUGGCUGUUAAUAAGUAUGGAAUUGGUGAAGCUCUUGAAUCUGAUCCAGUUAUUGCAGUCAACCCAUACAUGCCUCCCGAUCCGCCAGAUGCCCCCAAAGUAACAACUAUCACCAAGGACUCAAUGAUUCUUUGCUGGGAACACCCCAAAAACAAUGGUGGAAGCAAUAUUUUUAACUAUAUUAUUGAGAGAAGAGAUAAGACAGGUGUCAGAUGGAUUAGAUGCAAUAUGAAGACAGUGUCUGAUGUGAUAUAUAAAGUGUCAGGACUCAUUGAAGGACAUGAAUAUGAAUUCAGAAUUAUUGCUGAAAAUGCUGCUGGUUUAAGUGCACCAAGUGUUCCAAGUUCAUUCUACAAAGCUAGUGAUGCUAUUUUCAAGCCAGGACCUCCAGGAAAUCCAAGGAUUUUGGACACAACUAAAUCAUCAAUCACUAUUGCAUGGAACAAACCACUAUAUGAUGGUGGCUCUGAAAUCACGGGGUACAUUGUUGAAACCAGCAUUCCUGGUGAAGAUGAAUGGGCAGUUGUAACACCAAAGGAUGGUCUGAAGGCCACAUCAUUUACCAUUGUUAACCUGAAAGAAAAUCAAGAAUAUAAAAUUAAUGUUUCCGCUGUUAACUGUGAAGGGGUUGGAGAAGCUACAUCUGUUCCUGGAUCACCAAAGGCUGAAGAAAGAUUAAUCCCACCAGAAAUAGAUCUAGAUGCAGAACUUCGCAAGGUCAUUAACAUCAGAGCAUGUAACACACUUAGACUCUUUGUACCUUUAAGAGGAAGGCCAACUCCAACUGUCAAGUGGUCAAGAGAGAAUGAAGAACCACUCACAAGAGCCACCAUUGAGAGUACGUCAUCGUUUACAUCAGUGGUGAUUGGAAAUGUCAAUCGAUUUGACAGUGGGAAGUACAUUGUCACAGUGGCGAAUGCAGCAGGAAGUCAAACUGCUUUUGUAAAUGUCAGAGUGCUGGACACUCCUGGUGCUCCACAAAACCUCAAAAUCACUGCAGUUACCAAAGAAUCAGUCUCCCUCAGUUGGGAUCCCCCUCUUAAUGAUGGUGGUACCAAGAUUAAAAAUUACGUCAUAGAGAAACGAGAAUCAACAAGAAAAGCAUAUGCUACUGUUAACGCUAACUGUCUCAAAACAAGCUGGACUGUAGAUUUUCUGCAGGAGGGUUGUAACUAUUACUUUAGAGUUUUAGCAGAAAAUGAAUAUGGCAUUGGUCUUCCUAUUGAAAGUGUAGAGUCAGUAAAAGUUUCUGAAAAGCCCCUUCCUCCAGGCAAAAUCACACUUCAAGAUGUGACAAAGAACAGUGUAACGCUAACAUGGGAUAAACCAGAACAUGAUGGAGGCAGUAGAAUUGUAGCCUAUGUUGUUGAGAUGCAGAGCAAAGGCAGUGACACCUGGACACAGUCUGUGAUUGUGAAAUCCCCUGAAGCUGUUCUCACUGGACUUGUGCAAGGUCAAGAGUACAUGUUCCGUGUUUCGGCAAGGAAUGAGAAGGGAACAAGUGAGCCUCGUCAGAUUGGCGUGCCAGUCAUUGUUAGAGACCUUGUAAUUACUCCAUCUGUAAAAUUAUUGUUCUCCACAUUCAGUGUUCUGGCAGGAGAAGACUUGACAGUAGACAUACCCUAUGUUGCUCGUCCAAAAGCAACUGCAUCAUGGCACAAAGAUGGCGCUCCACUGAAGCCCACAUCCAGAGUUAAUUUUGAAAUGACAGAAAGCCAGUUGUGUCUCAUUAUUAAAGAAGCUUGCAGAGAUGAUGUUGGCCAGUACUCCAUCAAGCUUUCAAAUACUGCCGGGGAAACAGUAACUGACAUUGGCAUUGUUGUUCUUGACAAACCUGGUCCUCCAUGUGGCCCAGUAAAGCUGGAUGAAGUCACAUCUGACAGCAUCUCCUUGUCCUGGAAACCUCCAGAAUAUGAUGGUGGUUGCACAGUUAAGAAUUACAUAGUGGAAAAGAGAGAAACUUCCAGUACAAAUUGGCAGAUUGUGGCUGCAAGUCUAGCAAGAACAUCAAUCAAGGCAGGAAGGCUGAAGACUGAUACUGAAUAUCAGUUCAGGAUUACUGCUGAGAACAGAUAUGGCAAGAGCCCUGCUCUGCUGUCACCAUGUGUAGUUGCUCAGUAUCCCUUCAAACUUCCAGGACCACCAGGAACACCUUUUGUGCAUGCUUCCACAAAGGACAGUAUGACUGUGGUUUGGAAUGAACCUGUAAUUGAUGGAGGAAGCUCUAUAUUGGGCUAUCAUCUUGAACGUAAAGAAAGAAAAAGUGUUCUUUGGGUAAAGUUAAAUAAGACAAUUAUUCAGGAUACAAGGUUUAAGACAACUGGACUUGAGGAGGGAAUGGAAUAUGAGUUCAGGGUAUAUGCAGAAAAUAUUAUGGGUAUUGGCAAAGCCAGCAAAGUGUCAGAAUGUUAUGUUGCUAGAGAUCCUUGUGAUCCUCCAGGUAUCCCUGAAGCAACUUAUAUCACAAAAAAUUCAAUUACAUUAAGGUGGACAAAGCCAGAGUACGAUGGUGGCAGCAAAGUCACUGGCUACAUUGUUGAAAAGAAGGAUUUGCCAGAAGGACGUUGGUUGAAAGCUAACUUCACUAAUGUUAUUGAGACUGAAUAUACAGCAACAGGCUUAACUGAGGAUCAGAAAUAUGAGUUCCGUGUCAUUGCAAGAAAUGCAGCUGGGCUUUUUAGUGAUCCAUCUUACAGCACUGGCCCUAUUACUGCGAAGGAUGAAGUUGAUCCACCUAAAAUUAGCAUAGAUCCACAGUAUUCUGAAACCUUAGUUAUUAGUGCUGGGGAAAACUUCAAGAUUGAUGCUGAUAUUCAUGGAAAACCAUUGCCUGCGAUAUUUUGGAUGAAGGGAGAACAAGAGCUCGGCAACACUGUACGUCGUGAAAUAAAAAACACAGACCAUUUUACAUGUUUGAGUGUUAAAGAAGCUAAACGUACAGAUGGAGGUGAAUACAUUCUGCUCCUGAAAAACAUAGGAGGAGAAAAGUCAGUCCGGGUGAAUGUCACAGUGUUAGAUAAACCUGGUCCACCAACAGGGCCCAUUUCUGUUAGUGGUAUAUCAAGUGACCAGUGCACAAUUACCUGGAAACCACCCCAGGAAGAUGGAGGCAGCAAAAUCUCUCACUAUGUUGUUGAAAGGAGAGAAACAAGCAGAUUAAUUUGGACUCUUGUUGAUCCAAAAGUGAAGAUGCUUAGUUUGAAAAUUACAAAACUUUUGGAGGGAAAUCAGUAUUGCUUCCGUGUAAUGGCUGUGAAUGAUUACGGUGUAGGUGAGCCUCUUCAGUCUGAACCUGUAAAUAUUAAAUGUCCAUUUGUGCCUCCAGAUGCACCUAAAGGUGUUGAAAUUUCCAGUGUCACUAAGGACUCAAUGGUUGUAACCUGGGAAGCACCUACUAAUAGUGGUGGCAGUCCAGUCACUGGGUAUAUUAUUGAAAAGCAUGAUAAAGAAGGUGUGAGAUGGACUAAGUGUAACAGAGACGUGGUGACUGAGUUACACUUUAAAGUCACCGGGCUUCUCGAGGGUCACUGCUAUGAAUUCAGAGUUUCGGCUGAGAAUGUUGCUGGAAUCGGAGAGGCAAGCACCCCAUCACUGUACUACAGAGCCCUGGAUCCUACUUUCAAACCAGGACCUCCAAACAAUCCCAAAGUGAUUGAUGUUACGAGUACCUCUGUCUUCCUUGCAUGGGGAAAACCUUUAUAUGAUGGUGGCUGUGAGAUUCAGGGAUACAUAGUUGAGGCAUGUGAAGCAACAUCUGAAGAAUGGAAAAUGUGCACGCCAUCAACAGGUACCAAACACACAAGGUAUGAAGUUGGAAAACUACAAGAAAAACAUGAAUAUAAAUUCAGGGUAUGUGCCAUUAGUAAGGCCGGUGUAGGUGAUCAUGCAGAUGUUCCAGGAACAACUCUUGUUGAAGAUAAAUCAGAAGGGCCAGACCUUGAUAUUGCUGCUGAAUACAUGAAGGUGAUUAAUGUCAAAGCUGGAAGCACACUCAGAUUAUUCAUUCUAGUCAAGGGAAGACCAGCUCCAAAAGUCAAAUGGGAGAAAGUAGAUGGUGAAAUGAAGGAAAGGGUUCAGACUGAAGUUACAAGCAGCCAUACCUGCCUUGUGAUUGAUAAUGUCAACAGAUUUGACAGUGGAAAAUAUACUGUUGCUGCAGAAAAUGCAAGUGGUUCAAAAUCUGCGGUUUUCAGUGUCAGGGUCCUUGACACACCAAGUGCUCCAGUAAAUCUCAAAGUGAAAGAAAUUACAAAAGAGUCUGUAACACUUACCUGGGAACUGCCUGUAGCGGAUGGUGGAGCUAAAAUAAAAAAUUACAUAAUUGAAAAACGUGAAAGCACAAGAAAGACUUAUUCAGCUGUAGCUACCAAUUGUCAGAAAACAACCUGGAAGAUUGAACCACUUCAGGAGGGCUGCAAUUAUUACUUCAGAGUAAUGGCAGAAAAUGAACAUGGAAUUGGCCUCCCUGCAGAAACCAUUGAUCCCUUGAAGGUGUCUGAGGUUCCACAGUCUCCUACCAAGUUGAGUGUAGUUGAUGUAACACGCAACAGCGUUUCUCUUGCUUGGGAGAAGCCUGAGCAUGAUGGCGGAAGCAGAAUCCUUCAAUAUCUGGUGGAAAUGCAACCAAAGGGCAGUGACAAAUGGACUGGCUGUGCUAAUGUCAAAACACUUGAAGCUGUUGUGAGUAACUUAAUUCAUGGAGAAGAAUAUAUAUUUAGAGUUGUAGCAGUUAAUGAAAAAGGAAAGAGUGACCCAAGAACUCUGGCUGUUCCAGUACAGGCCAAAGACCUCGUCAUAGAUCCAGACGUCCGGCCUGUAUUUAGCAGUUACACUGUUCAAGUGGAGAAAGAUCUGAAAGUUGAAAUACCAAUUGCUGGACGCCCCAAACCAAAUAUUACUUGGACUAAAGAUGGCUCACCUCUGAAACAGACUACAAGGGUUAAUGUCAUUAACACUGAAAACCAUACCACCAUAAACAUUAAAGAAGCAACCAGAGAUGACGCUGGGCUCUAUGGCAUUGCUGUGUCUAAUGUUGUUGGACAAAAGGAGGCCACAAUUGAAAUAAUCACACUGGACAAACCUGGGCCACCAACAGGGCCAGUAAGAUUCAGUGAAGUCAAUGUACAAAGUAUCACAAUUUCCUGGGAUCCACCAAAAUUCACUGGGGGUUGUCAGAUUUCACACUAUAUUGUGCAAAAGAGAGACACAACCACAACCACUUGGGAGAAUGUUUCAACCUCAGUAGUAAGAACUACAUUGAAAGUGGCCAAGUUGAAAACUGGAGCAGAAUAUCAGUUCAGAAUACUUGCUGUGAACAAAUAUGGCAAAAGUUAUGCUUUAGAGUCUCCCUGUGUGGUUGCUCAAUACCCAUACAGAGAGCCAGGUCCACCUGGAACUCCAUUUGUAUCCUCACUGUCGAGGAAUCACAUGGUGGUAGAGUGGCAUGAACCGAUCAUGGAUGGAGGCAGCAGUGUGAUUGGAUACCACCUUGAACGGAAGGAGAGGAACAGCAUUCUCUGGACAAAAAUUAACAAGUCCCUAAUUAAAGAUACAGUCUUUAAAACCACUCCAUUGGAAGAAGGUGUUGAAUAUGAGUUCAGAGUCUAUGCUGAGAAUAUUGUCGGCAUAGGUAGAUGCAGCAAAGUCUCAGAGGGAUAUGUGGCACGUGACCCUUGUGAUCCACCUGGAAACCCUGAAGCUAUUGCCAUAAGCAAAAGUUCAAUCACCCUCCAGUGGACAAAGCCUGAAUAUGAUGGAGGCAGUAUAAUUACCGGAUACAUUGUGGAGAAACGAGAUCUUCCAGAUGGUCGCUGGAUGAAGGCUAACUUCACAAAUGUUAUUGAAACCCAGUUUACUGUCACUGGCCUAACCGAGGACUCUAAGUAUGACUUCCGAGUUAUCGCAAAGAAUGCUGCUGGAACAUUUAGUAAGCCAUCUUAUAAUACUGGACCUAUCACUGCAAAAGAUGAAGUUGAGCCACCAAGAUUUUCAAUUGACCCAGAGUUCAGUCAGAUUAUUGUUGUAAAUGCAGGAGAUUCCUUUAAAAUUGAUGCUGAUGUCUACGGAAAACCUGCACCAAUGAUUCAGUGGUUCAAGGGUGACAAAGAAAUUGAAAAUACGUUGCGAUGUGAGAUAAAAAAUACUGACUCAAAAGCACUGAUUGUUGUUAAAGAUGCAAUUAGAACUGAUGGUGGUCAGUACAGUCUCCAGCUCACCAACUUAGCUGGUACCAAGACUGUUCCAUUCAAUGUGAAAGUACUGGACAGACCAGAACCAUGUGAGGGACCCCUGAACAUCAUUGGUACAACUUCUGAAAAAUGUACUCUGUCAUGGCACCCUCCAAAACAUGAUGGUGGCAGUACUGUUACUCAUUAUAUCAUUGAGAGGAGGGAAACUGGCCGUCUUGCAUGGACCGUUGUUAACAAUAACUGCACAGUUAACAUGUUUAAAGUGACUAAGCUCCUUGAAGGAAAUGAAUAUGUAUUCCGUGUCAUGGCUGUCAACAAAUAUGGAAUAAGUGAAGCACUAGAAUCAUCACCAGUAAUAAUGAAAAAUCCAUUUGUUCCACCUGGAUCACCACAAAUUCUAGACGUUACUAACAUUACAAGCAAUUCUAUGACUGUGUGCUGGGCUGCACCAGAAACAGAUGGUGGAAGUGAAAUCAUUACCUAUAUUAUUGAGAAGAAAGACAGGACUGGAAUCAGAUGGACAAAAUGCAAUAGACAGAAAGUCACAGAUGUGUGCUUCAGGGUGAUGGGUUUGUCAGAAGAUCAUGAAUAUGAGUUCAGAGUUUCUGCUGAGAAUGCUGCUGGAGAUGGUGAACCUAGUCUCCCAACUUCAUAUUACAAAGCCAGCAAUCCAAAGUUUAAACCUGGGCCGCCCGUCAAUGUGCAUGUGAUUGACACCACAAAGAAUUCCAUUUUGAUAGCAUGGGGCAAGCCACUUAAUGAUGGAGGCAGUGAAAUUCAGGGAUACAUCGUAGAGAUCUGCAAAGCUGAAGAUGAGGAAUGGACUCUGUGCACACCACCGACUGGCCUCCGAGUGAACAAGUUUGAAAUUGGUAAACUUACAGAGAAUCAAGAAUAUAAGAUUCAGGUGUGUGCCAUUAACAAAAUGGGAGUUGGUGAACCAACAGCCAUUCCUGGAACUGCGAAACCUGAAGACAAAAUGGAAGCACCUGAACUGAGCCUUGACUCCGAACUAAGAAAAGGAAUUGUGGUGCGUGCUGGAGGGUCAGUGAGAAUCAAAAUAGGAUUAAGAGGACGUCCACCUCCAGAGAUCAGCUGGUCUAAAGAUGAGGGAGUUUUGUCUGAUAAGGUGAUCAUCGAGAAGAGUCUUAACUAUACCCAACUUUCAAUGGACAAUUGUGAUAGAAAUGACACUGGAAAAUACAUUGUCAAACUGAACAACAGCAGUGGCUCUGUGUCAGAAUUUGUGUCUGUCAAAGUACUUGAUACACCAGGAGCACCUCUGAAUUUUGACGUAAAAGACAUCAAGAAAGAUUCUGUCACUCUUACGUGGGAACCACCGCUGACAGAUGGUGGGGCAAAGAUCAAGAAUUAUGUUAUUGAUAAACGAGAAUCAACAAGAAAAACAUUUAGCAAUGUUGCCAAAUGCACCAAAACAAGCUUUAAGGUAGAAAAUCUUGCUGAAGGAGCUAUGUAUUAUUUCAGAGUCAUGGCUGAGAAUGAAUAUGGAGUCGGCCUGCCUGCUGAACUCAAGAAUGCAGUGAAGGCAUCUGAAGUACCUCUGGCAGUAGGAAAGGUUACUUUGACUGAUGUGACUAAAGCUAGUGUCUCUAUAUCUUGGGAAAAACCAGAGCAUGACGGUGGUAGCAGGAUUACUGGUUAUUUAAUCGAAAUGCAACCUAAAGGAUCAGAGAAAUGGAAUGUAGCAACAUCAACUAAGACAUGUGAAGGCACUGUUUCAGGACUAUCUUCUGGUCAUGCAUAUAACUUCCGUAUCAUAGCCUGUAAUGAGAAAGGAAAAAGUGAGCCAACUCCACUUGCUGCGCCUGUUAUUGCAAAUGAUUUGAAUAUUGAACCUAGUUUUAAACUACUAUUUAACAGCUACAAUGUCAAAGCAGGUGAAGACCUUACAAUAGAAAUACCAAUGAUGGGACGCCCUAAGCCUCAAAUUGAUUGGAUGAAGGAUGGAGAAACACUAAAACAGACCACAAGAGUGACAUAUGUGACUGGACCAGCCUCAACCACUCUUAUGAUCAAGGAAGCCAACAAAGAUGACUUUGGCAAAUACACAGUGACAGCAUCGAACAACGCAGGCAAAGUAACAGAGGAAAUUAGAAUCAUAGUCCUUGACAAACCUGGCUCACCAACAGGCCCCAUUAAAUUUAAUGAAGUAACUAAUACCUCUGUAACCAUCUCAUGGGAGCCACCUGAGUACACGGGAGGUUGUCAAAUAAAAAAUUAUAUUGUUGAGAAACGAGACACAACAACCACGACAUGGCAAGUUGUGUCUGCGCUCAUCGCAAGAACUGCUUUGAAGAUUUCUAAGCUGAAAACAGGGUCAGAAUUUCAGUUCAGGGUAAGUGCCGAAAACAGAUAUGGAAAAGGCCCCUCACUGGACUCGUCAGCUGUUGUUGUGCAGUAUCCCUACAAGCUGCCAGGGCCUCCUGGCACACCAUUUGUCAGAUCAUUGGCAAGAGAUCACAUGAUUGUUGAAUGGAAUGAGCCAGUCAACGAUGGUGGCAGUGCCAUUAUUGGUUACCACCUUGAAAGCAAAGAAAGAAACAGUGUUCUCUGGGUGAAAUUGAACAAAAUUCUUAUCACUGAUACUGUAUUCAAGGUGAACAACCUUGAAGAAGGAAAUGGAUAUGAAUACAGAGUGUUUGGAGAAAACAUUAUUGGUGUUGGUCGAUCCAGCAAGGUCUCCGAGUGUUACAUUGCUCGUGACCCGUGUGAUCCACCUGGUACACCGGAACCGAUUUCUAUCUCCAAAAACCAUAUUAAACUUCAGUGGACAAAACCAGAAUAUGAUGGUGGAAGCAAGAUCACUGGAUAUGUGGUAGAGAAGCGGGACUUGCCUGAAGGUCGGUGGACAAAAGCUAGUUUCACAAAUGUUAUUGAAACUGAAUUUACGGUCUCAGGGUUAACCCAGGACCAAAAGUAUGAGUUUAGAAUAAUAGCAAGGAAUGCCGCUGGCAUUUUCAGUGAGCCCUCUGAUAGUACUGGACCAAUUACUGCCACAGAUGAAAUUGAACCACCGCGAGCUUCUAUGGAUCCCAAAUACAAAGAUGUUGUUGUUGUUAAUGCUGGAGAAACCCUCGCUCUUGAAGCUGACAUUUAUGGAAAACCACCACCUGAGGUCAAAUGGGUGAGAAAUGGAAAAGAAAUUGAUAAAAGUACUGCAAAAAUGGAAGUAAAAACCACUGUAAAGCGCUCAGUGCUUAUUGUAAAGGACUGCAGUAAAGAUGACACUGGUAAUUAUGACAUUACUCUCAGUAAUGUUGGUGGAACAAAAACAAUACCCAUUAAAGUGAAAGUUCUCGAUCGGCCUGGACCUCCAGUCGCUCCACUCAAUAUAUCUGGAGUGACUGCAAACUCAUGUAACCUGUCCUGGAAUGAGCCAUCACAGGAUGGAGGUGCUAAGGUUUCUCACUACAUUAUUGAGAAAAGAGAAACAAGUCGGCUGUCGUGGACUUUAGCUGAACCUAAAGUUGAAGCCCUCAGUCACAAAGUAACCAAGCUCCUCACUGGUGAAGAGUAUAUCUUCAGAGUUAUGGCAGUUAACAAGUAUGGAGUGGGUGAGCCUCUUGAAUCUGAGCCAGUAAUGGCUCGCAAUCCAUUCAAGCCACCAAGUGCACCGUCUACUCCAGAGGCAAUUUCUGUUAACAAAGAUUCAAUGGUUAUUAUGUGGAAUCCACCUGAAUACACUGGUGGACUAGAAAUCCAGUGCUACCAUCUUGAGAAACGUGACAAAGAUAGUGCCAGAUGGACAAAAUGCAACAGAGAGAAACUGAAAGAGCUGCAAUUCAAAGUCACUGGACUUGCAGAAGGGCAUUUCUAUGAGUUCCGAGUCUCUGCUGAAAAUGAGGUUGGUGUUGGGGAGACAAGCAAUCCCUCAUUGUUCUACAGAGCGUGUGAUGCCACACGUCCACCUGGUCCACCCUACCAUCCUAAAGUGACAGAUCACACAAACACAUCAGUUUCUCUAGCGUGGGCCAAACCAGUAGAUGAUGGUGGUGCAUAUAUAAAGGGAUACCUUGUGGAAAUGAAAGAAACUGCCCAGGAAGAGUGGACAAUAUGUACACCCGCAACUGGUAUACAAGCAACACGGUACACUGUGGAAAAGCUGAAGGAAAAUUCUGAAUACAACUUUCGCAUAUGUGCGAUUAACUCUGAAGGCAUUGGAGAGCCAGCUGACAUCCAUGGUUCUGUAAUUGCUGUUGACAAAGCUGAAGCUCCAGAGAUAGAACUAGAUGCUGAUUUGAGGAAAGUUGUAUCUGUGCGUGCAAGUGGAACACUUCGGCUUUUUGUCCCAAUAAGAGGACGACCUGAACCUAAAGUAAAAUGGGAGAAGGAAGACGGUUCUUUCACUGAGCGUGUACAGGUUGAAGCUACUGGUUCUUACACCAUGCUCGUCAUAGAUAAUGUCAACAGAUUUGACAGUGGCAAAUACAUUUUGACUCUGGAGAACAAGAGUGGGACAAAAUCUGAAUUUAUCAACGUGAGAAUUUUGGACUCACCAAGUGCACCUAUAAAUUUCGCUGUCAGAGAUGUUAAGAAAGAUUCAGUAAAACUCUUAUGGGAGCCUCCUUUAUUUGAUGGUGGAGCUAAAAUAACGAACUAUAUUGUGGAGAAACGAGAAUCUACUAGAAAGGCAUACACCGCAGUUACAAAUAAUUGCACACACACUUCAUUUGUCAUUAUGGAACUACAAGAGGGUGGUAUAUAUUAUUUCCGUGUACGGGCUGUCAAUGAAUUUGGCAUUGGCAUCGCAGUUGAAACUAAAGAUCCAGUUAAAGUUGCUCAGCCACCUAUGCCACCAGGUAAAGUUUCAGUCGUGGAUGUUACACGAAAUACUGCAACACUUUCUUGGGAAAAGCCAUUACAUGAUGGUGGCAGUAAAAUCAUAUGCUACCAUGUGGAAACACAAACUAAGGGCAGCGAUAAGUGGAAUGUUGGAGCCACAGUUCAGGUAUUAGAAGCAACAAUUACUGGCCUUAUGUCAGGUGAAGAAUACCAUUUCAGAGUCAUUGCUGUGAAUGAAAAAGGAAAGAGUGAACCACAAGAACUAGGUGUUCCUGUGAUUGCAAAGGAUGUUCAGAUUGAGCCCACCAUUAACUUGCUUUUCAACACAUACAGUGUGAAAGCUGGAAAAGAUCUUACCAUUGAAGUUCCAUUUAGAGGCAGGCCUAAGCCUGUUGUUUCAUGGAAGAAAGAUGGUCUUCCUCUCAUGCAGACAUCUUCAAUAACAAUUUUAACAUCAGAGACGUCAUCAAAGAUUUCUUUCAAAGAAACUACCAGAGAUCAUGUUGGGAAAUAUGAAAUCGCUGUUGCUAACACUGCUGGCACCAAAUCUGCAGAAAUUGGUGUUGUAGUCCUGGACAAGCCUGGCCCACCAUCUGCAAUGAAAGUAGAUGAAGUGACUUCAGAAAGCAUAACUUUAUCCUGGAAACCACCAGAGUAUGACGGUGGAUGUCACAUUAGCAGUUAUAUUGUAGAGAAGAGGGAUACCAACACCACAGUCUGGGAAACUGUAUCAUCCACACUUGCUAGAACAUCUAUUAAAAUCUCUCGCCUGACACAUGGUUCUGAAUACCAGUUCCGUAUUUAUGCUGUGAACCGUUAUGGAAAGGGUCCAUCUAUUGAUUCCUCAAGCAUUACUGCUGAGUAUCCAUACAAGCAUCCUGGUCCACCAUCUACACCUCGGGUUGCCCUUGCGACAAAGGCAUUCAUGCUAGUGACAUGGAAUGAACCAGUCAAUGACGGUGGUAGUACAGUUCUCGGAUAUCACCUGGAGCGCAAAGAACGAAGCAGUGUUCUCUGGACAAAGAUAAAUAGACGGUUGGUCAAGGACACAGAGUUCAGGGUGACUGGCAUUGAAGAGGGUCUAUUCUAUGAGUUCCGUGUCUAUGCUGAAAAUAUUGUGGGCAUUGGAAAAUGCAGUAAAACCAGUGAACCAGUCGCUGCAAGAGAUCCUUGUGAUCCUCCUGGUCAACCCACAGUCACAAAUAUUACCAAAUCAUCCAUCUCCUUGUCUUGGACCAAGCCAGAAUAUGAUGGUGGAGCAAAAAUUACAGGUUACUUUGUUGAACGCAGAGAACUUCCACAGGGUCGUUGGAUCAGAUGUAAUUUUACCAAUAUCCAGGAAACAUACUUAGAUGUUACAGGCCUUAUAGAAAACCAGCAAUACGAUUUCCGUGCCAUAGCAAAGAAUGCAGCAGGCCUAUUCAGCGCGCCAUCUGAUUGUACUGGUCCUAUAACUGUUAAAGAUGAUGUAGAAUUACCACGAAUAAUGCUGGAUGUCAAGUUCAGAGACGUUGUUGUAGUGAAGGCUGGAGAUACACUAAAAAUCAGUGCUGAUAUUUCUGGUCGGCCUUUACCGGUAGUGUCCUGGGCAAAGGAUGGUAAAGAAAUGGAACCCCGACAAAGAAUUGAGAUUUCUUCAACAGAUACAAGCACCUCUGUAACUGUUAAAGACUGUGUAAGACGAGACUCAGGACAGUAUCUCUUGACUUUACAAAAUGUGGCUGGAACAACAUCGUUCCCCAUUAACUGUAAGAUUCUUGAUAAGCCAGGACCAUCAGCUGGACCUUUAGAGGUAUCUGCUAUUACAUCAGCAGGUUGCACGUUGAGUUGGGGACCCCCUCAAGAAACUGGUGGUGCUGAAAUCACUCACUAUAUUGUUGAAAAGCGUGAAACAAGCCGCAUUGCCUGGACAGUGGUACAUGCAGAGGUGAAAGCAACAACCUGCAAAGUUACUAAACUUCUCAAAGGUAACGAGUAUAUUUUUAGAGUCUUAGGUGUGAACAAAUUUGGAACAGGUGAAGCACUGGAGAGUGACCCCAUCAAAGUGCUGGAUCCAUUCACUAUCCCUUCUACACCUCUACGUGUAGAGAUUGCCAAUGUGAGCAGUGAGGCAAUGACAAUCUGCUGGGAAAAACCAGACUCUGAUGGAGGCAGUAAAAUAAGUAGUUACAUCAUUGAAAGACGGGAGAAGUCAAGCAUGCGCUGGGUGCGCAUAAACAAAAAGCCUGUCACUGACAAUACUUUCAGAGCAACCAACCUCCGUGCAGAAUGUGAAUAUGAGUACCGUGUUUUUGCUGAAAAUGCUGCUGGACUGAGUCCUCCAAGUGACCCAAGCCCUCUUACCAAAGCACAAGAUCCACGAUUCCCACCAUCCCCGCCCACUAAACCAAAGGUUGUUGAUUCAACGAAAGAUUCCAUGAGUCUUGUUUGGAAUAAGCCAUUGUCUGAUGGUGGAAGUGCCGUUAUAGGCUACAGUGUGGAGUACAAGAAAACUGAGGACACAGUCUGGGCUGUGGCUGUUCCCAUUACAAGGAAUACCGAGUUCACAGUUGUUGGAUUGUGUCCUGGAGCGGAAUAUGUGUUUAGAGUCAAGUCAAUCAGCAAAAUUGGCGUUAGCGACCCAAGUCCAACCUCAGAGCCUCAUGUUGCAAAGGAGAGGGAAGAGGAGCCAGUGUUUGAUGUUGACAUCGAAAUGCGAAAGACAAUGAUUGUGAAGCACGGAAACUCAUUUACCCUGACAGUGCCAUUCAAGGGAAAGCCGGUGCCCAGCGUUGUGUGGGAGAAAGACGACAUAAAUCUAAAAGAGAGAGCAAGUAUCGACACAAGUGAUGCCUGUACAUCACUUACAGCAGAAAAGGCAACAAGAUACGACUCUGGCAAAUACAUUGUGACAUUAAAGAAUCCACUUGGAACUGCUGCUUUGGCACUGUCUGUCAAUGUACUCGAUUCUCCUGGGCCUCCUUCACAAGUUAAAAUCACAGAUGUUACCAAAGAAUCAGUGACAGUAACAUGGAAUGCACCAGAAAACGAUGGUGGUGACCCUGUCAAGAACUACCAUGUAGAAAAGCGUGAAGCAAGCAAGAAGGCCUGGAUCAAUGUGACAAAUAACUGUCGUAAUCUGAGCUACAAAGUAAAAGACUUGCAAGAGGGAGCUGUUUACUACUUCAGAGUCAUUGGUGAAAAUGAGUUUGGAAUCGGCGUGCCUUCUGAGAUCAAAGAUGGGACUAUGAUUACAGAAAAACCAAGUGCACCAACAAGGAUUGCAGUUACUGCAGUAACAAAAGACAGUGUUUCACUGGCUUGGAGUAGACCAGAGCAUGAUGGAGGCAGCAAGAUUACCGGUUACCUUAUUGAUGCUCUUGAAAAAGGACAGAAGAAGUGGGUCAAGUGUGCUGUGGUUAAAGCCAACCAACAUGUCAUCCGUGGCCUAAGGGAAAAUGCCGAAUAUUUCUUCAGAGUCCGUGCUGAAAACCACGCUGGCCUAAGUGAACCAAAAGAAAUGAUUGUUCCUAUGAUUGUGAAGGAUCAGAUUGAAUCCCCAGAGUUUGACAUGAAGAACUUCCCUCGGAAUACUGUGUAUGUCAGAGCUGGAUCAAACCUCACGUUUGAAAUCCCCCUCACAGGAAGACCUCUGCCAAAGGUUACAGUUACCAAGGACAAUGUUACUGUAAAAGUUACUAAGAGGUUUAAAUUUGAGGUUACUCCUGAAGGAUUAUUAGUAAACCUUGAUGAAAGCGUUGCUAGUGAUUCUGGCAAAUAUGACAUCACUGCCUCCAACCAAGGUGGAGUUGCCAAGUCAUUUGUGAACAUUUUAGUGCUUGAUCGACCAGGUCCACCUGUUGGUCCCGUUAAAAUUGGUGAGACCACUGAAACCAGUGUGAGUCUCAAAUGGCUUCCUCCUGUGUAUAAUGGUGGCAGCCCAGUUACUAAUUACAUCAUACUCAAACGUGAGACAAGCACUCCUACCUGGACUGAGGUUUCCUCUACAGUUGCAAGAAACGAAAUUAAAGUGACUAAGCUGACCAAAGGGGAAGAGUACCAGUUCAGAAUCAAAGCUGAGAACCGCUUUGGAAUCAGUGAUCACAUUGACUCAACUUCCGUCACUGUGAAACUCCCCUACACAACCCCUGGACCUCCAUCGACGCCAUGGGUCAGUUUUGUAUCAAGGGAGAGCCUUACAGUCUGCUGGCACGAGCCUGUCUUUGAUGGUGGGAACCACGUGUUUGGUUACCACUUACAGAUGAAAGAAAGAAGUAGCGCCUUGUGGCAGAAAAUAAACAAAACUCCUAUAAGUGGCACACAGUAUCGCGUGAAAAACAUUUGCCCUGGCUAUAUCUAUGAAUUCAGGGUGGCAGCAGAGAAUGCUGCUGGUAUAGGUAAAAUCAGUAAGACAUCAGAAGAGGUCCUUGCAAUUGAUGCCUGUGAGCCUCCAGCUAAUCUGCGUAUCACUGAUGUCACGAAAAACACAGUCAGUCUUGUGUGGCAGAAACCUCCAUUUGAUGGUGGAAGCAAGAUCACUGGAUAUGUUGUUGAGAAGAGAGAGUCGCCAAAAGGCAGAUGGACAAAGGCUAACUUCACCAAUGUCAUCGAGACAAAUUUCAUUGUGUCAGGCUUAACUCAGGAUGAAUCCUAUGAAUUCAGGGUUUUUGCAAGGAAUGCGGUUGGCUCUCUCAGCAACCCAUCGCUCAUUGCAGGACCAGUGAAAUGUAUCGAUGUUCAGGGAGCUCCUGAAAUUGACCUUCCACCGGAGUAUCUUGAUGUUGUGAAGUUCAAAGCUGGCAAGGUGAUUAAGAUUCGUGUGGGAAUUAUCGCCAAGCCACUUCCAACAAUCGAAUGGAGCAAAGACGGCAAGGAAUUAGUGUCUAGUGCUCAGGUAUCGGUUGAGAGCACAACAGAUUCUUCUGGAAUUCUCAUCAAGGAUGCCAGUCGUCUAAACACUGGAACCUAUGAAAUCAAAAUUAAGAAUGCCUUGGGAUCAGCAUCUGCAUCCAUCAGAGUUCAGAUUCUAGAUAAACCUGGAAUACCUGCUGGAAAUAUUGACUUCAAGUCUGUCACAGAAGACAAGAUCACCAUUGCUUGGGAACCUCCUGCUGAUGACGGCGGAGCUCCAAUCACUCAUUACAUUGUAGAAAAGCGUGAAACAAGUAGGGUUGCCUGGUCUAUUGUGUCUGAAGAGACAGAACAACGCGCUGUGUCUGCUGAGAAGCUGGUCAGGGGCAGUGAGUACGUUUUCCGAGUCAGGGCUGUGAACAAGUUUGGAGUUGGAGAACCUCUGGAGUCGGAACCUGUUAUUGCCAAGAAUGCAUUUGUUACCCCUGGGCAACCUACAACACCUGAGGUGACUGCCAUUACUAGGUCCACAAUGAUAGUAGUCUGGGACAAACCUAGGGUGGAUGGAGGAAGUCCCAUCCUUGGAUACGCUCUGGAGAAACGGAACAAAAAGAACCUGCGCUGGGAGAAGGUCUUCAGAGAACCUGUUCAAGAGACAACACAGAAAGUUCACAACCUAACAGAGGGUAAUGAGUAUCAGUACCGUGUGUACGCAAUUAAUAAAGCUGGAGAAGGUCCCUUCUCAGAUGAUUCUGACUUCUACAGAGCUGCUGACCCAAUUGAUCCACCUGAUGAACCAUCCAAGCUUAAAGUGGUUGACUCCACCAAAACAUCCAUCACUCUUGGUUGGACUAAGCCGGAAUAUAAUGGAGGCAGUGAGGUCACCAGCUAUGUUGUUGAGAAGAGGGUGGCCCAAGAAACUGACUGGGUUGUUGUUAGUGCCAAGGGUGAAGUGAGAACCACGGAAUAUGUUGUGUCUCAACUUAAGCCUGAUGUUGAGUACUUGUUCCGUGUAUCAGCUGUUAACUGUGCCGGACGUGGAAAGCCAAUAGAGAUGACAGAGCCAGUUCAGGCUAAGGACAUCCUUGAGGAAGCUCAGAUAGACCUUGAUGUUCCUAUGAGGACACAAUACACAGUAAAGGCAGGAGCAGACGUGGAGAUAACGGUUCCAAUUAAGGGGAGACCUGCACCAAGUGCAACUUGGAAAAAGGGAGAAGAAAACAUAAGCACUAAUCUCAGAUAUGACAUCCACACCACAGAAUCCUCAACUAUCCUUGUCAUUCCACAGGUUACUCGUAAUGACACUGGCCAAUAUAACGUUCAGAUUGAGAACGCUGUAGGAGAGCCAAAGACAGUAACUGUGUCUGUUAAAGUCCUUGACACUCCAUCUGCUUGCCAAAAACUAUUGCUGAAGGAUGUUACUCGUGGUAAAGUAACACUGACUUGGCAACCUCCCCUCCUUGAUGGUGGAGCACCAAUUACUAGUUAUAUAGUCGAAAAGAGGGACUCCAGCAAGAGGUCAUUCUCAAGUGUAGCCAAGUGUACCACCACCAUGUAUCAGAUCGAGGAACUCUCUGAGAAGUGCUCCUAUUUCUUCCGCGUUAGAGCCGAGAAUGAAAACGGAGUUGGUGAUCCAUGUGACACAGCAGAACCUGUUAAGGCCACAGAGACACCAGGCCCAGUAAAAAACCUUUCCAUGAAAGACUCUACCAAAACUUCAGUCACACUACAGUGGAGUAAGCCCGACUAUGAUGGUGGCAGCAUCAUAACGGAUUACAUCGUUGAGAAGAGACUCCAGGAGGAAGACGUAUGGUCAUUUGCAGGCACCAGCAAACAGUGUGAAUACGAAGUUACAAAACUGAAAGAACUCUCGCAGAUGCACUUCAGAGUGUGCUCCAAGAAUGAAAAGGGACAAAGUGACUUCACCGAAACUGGACCUAUCAAAGUAAAGGACUUUAUCAUUCCUCCUGAGGCCGACUUAUCAGAAUAUCCAGACGGGGAAAUCAACGUACGACUUGGACACAAUGUGCACAUCGAGCUUCCAUACAAGGGUAAACCGAGACCUUCCACUGAGUGGCUGAAAGACAACCUCCCUCUGAAGGAGAGUGAUCAGGUGCGCUUUAAGAAGACAGAAAACAAAGUUACUCUCAUGAUAAAGAAUCUUAAAAAGGAAACUGGAGGAAAAUAUACUAUAACCCUUGAUAACAAAGCCUGUAGGAGGUCAUUCCACAUACAAGUUAAUGCUCUCGGACCUCCAUCCAGGCCUAUUGGCCCUAUCCGAUUUGACGAAAUCAGAGCUGAGAGCAUAAUAAUAUCUUGGGAUCAGCCAGCCGAUAACGGUGGAGGAGAAGUCACCAGCUAUACUGUGGAGAAACGCGACACUUCACAGGAUGACUGGAAGAUGGUUUGCUCGGCUGUGGCUGGGACAACAUUCAAAGUGACUAAUCUGAUUAAGGGAACAGGAUAUCAGUUUAGGGUGUGUGCAGAAAACAGAUAUGGCAUUAGCGAGCCACUGGUUUCACACAAUGUGCUUGCCAAACACGAAUUCAGACCACCGGGACCUCCAGGAAAGCCUUUUGUGUACAAUGUCACAAAUGAUGGCAUGACCAUCCAGUGGGAUGCUCCUGUUUAUGAUGGUGGCUCACCAGUGACCGGCUUUCAUGUUGAGAAGAAAGAGCGAAACAGUGUUUUGUGGCUGAAAGUGAACCCUCUGGUAAUAACGGAGAGGACCUAUAGAAUCAUUGGUUUGAUCGAAGGGCUGGAGUACCAGUUCCGAGUGUACGCACAGAAUGACUCCGGCUACAGCCGUGUCGGUGAAGCAAGCAAGUACACCACAGCAGUGUCUCCAGUCGAUCUACCAGGCACUCCGGACUAUACUGACAUAACGAGUGAAUCCGUCUCACUAAAAUGGGAACCACCCAAGCAUGACGGGGGCAGUAAAAUUGUGGCCUACAAUGUAGAGAAACGCCAGGGACAGGGUCGCUGGCUCAAGUGCAACUUCUCCGAUGUCCAUGAAUGUCAGUUCACUGUGACGGGUCUCAGCUGCGGAGAGCGAUAUGAAUUCAGAAUAAUUGCAAGAAAUGCUAUUGGCACAGUUAGUCCACCUUCCCAGUCCUCAGGAUACAUUUUAGUCAGAGAUGAAAGUGUUGCUCCAAAUAUUGAAUUUAGCCAGGACGUCUCUGAUGGUCUCACAGUCAAAGCAGGAGAUAAAAUCAGAGUUAAAGUCACAAUCACUGGAAGGCCUGAGCCUAAAGUCACCUGGUUUAAAGACGACAAGGAAAUUGACAAGAAGUCAAUGGUUGAAAUCAUAACAGCUCCUCGAUCGAGUACUCUUUUCGUGAGAGAUGCUGACCGCAGUCACCGUGGCUUAUACAGAGUGGAAGCUACAAAUAACUCUGGAACCAAGAAGGAGAAUAUCGAUAUAAGAGUUCUUGACAAUCCAGGUGAGCCUAUAGGGCCUAUCACAUUUUCAAAUAUCUCCGAGGGCAAAGCAACGCUUUCAUGGAAUCUACCUGAAAAUGAUGGAUGCUCCCCCAUCACACAUUAUGUUAUUGAGAAACGAGAAACUACCAAGAUUUCCUGGACCCUUGUGACAGACGAGUGCAAGGCCUGCACAUAUAAUGCAACAAAGCUGCUGAAGACCAAUGAGUACCAGUUUCGUGUUUCUGCUGUCAAUAGGUUUGGUAACAGCAGGCCACUAGAGUCUGACCCAAUUAUUGCACAGAUGCAAUACACUGUCCCUGAUCCUCCUGGCACCCCUGAUUCAACCAGUGUCACACGAGACAGCAUUACACUCUCUUGGGAACCACCAAAAUCUGAUGGAGGAAAUGAAAUCAAAUAUUACAUCGUGGAAAGACGAGAGAAGAAGAGCUUGCGCUGGGUGAAGAUUCUGACAAGGAAGCCCAUAACUGAGGCAGCCCAUAGGGUGACAAACCUGACUGAAGGGAGUGAACAUGAAUUCCGCGUGAUGGCUGUAAAUGACGCUGGAACUAGUGAGCCAAGCAACACAUCAAUGCUGAUAAAAUGUUGUGAACCAACUACUGUGCCAAGUGCACCUUCUAUAGUGACCAUAACAGAUUCUACAAACACAUCCAUCAGUCUAGAAUGGACCAAGCCUGCUCAUGAUGGUGGCCUCGAGAUUCUUGGAUACAUCAUUGAGAAGUGCAAAGCUAGCUCAAAAGAAUGGGAAAAAGUCAACACUGAGUAUUGCACCAGCACCAGGUUCACAGCAACAGGUCUGGAAUCCGGCGAAGAGUAUAAAUUCCGUGUCUGUGCAGUAAAUAAAGCGGGAAAGGGAGACGCUCGUGAGAUUCUUGAAGCUGUACAAGCUGUUGACAGACUUAGUCCUCCAGAAAUUGAAAUCGAUGCAAGCUUCAAACAGACACACAUCAUAAAGAACGGAGGCACUGCACAUCUAUCUAUAGCAUUCAAAGGAAAUCCAACUCCUGUAGCCACUUGGAAAAAGGUUGAUGGAGACCUUGGUAUAAUGGCAGAUGUUAAUACCACAGAGAAUAAUAGUACGUUGACCAUUGAAAACUGCAACAGAAAUGAUUCUGGGAAGUAUACACUUACUCUUGAGAACAGCGGUGGAAGCAAAUCUAUAAUGUUCACAAUAAAGGUACUAGAUUCACCAGGGCAACCUGGACCAAUAUCCUACAAGGAUGUCUCAAGAGGAGCUCUCACGCUGACCUGGGAUGCCCCGACCAAUGACGGAGGAGCCCGCAUUCAUCACUACAUUGUUGAGAAACGUGAGGCAAGCCGUCGCUGUUGGCAGGAAGUCAGCAAGUCUUCUGACCAAAUGCUGAGAGUGAGUGACCUAUUAGAAGGUGUGCCAUACUUCUUCAGAGUCUCUGCAGAAAAUCAGUUUGGCCAGGGUGAAGCGUUUGAAACAGUUGAUCCAGUUAUUGCUACUGCAGAACCCGCUCCUCCAAAGAGGCUGGACAUAGUUGACACAACAGAUUCAACAGCCACCGUGGCCUGGUUGAAACCCGAACACGAUGGUGGAAGUCGUAUCACGGGCUACGUUGUUGAAACUAAAGAAAAGGGAACUGAUAAAUGGGUUGUUGGUGGUCACACUAAGUCUUUGAGCACGGUAAUUGAAGGACUGGCAGAAAACACAGAAUACGAAUUCCGAGUCAAGGCUAAAAAUGACGCUGGUUUUAGUGAGCCAAGAGAGGCUCUUGCCUCUGUCAUCAUCAAGGAACCUCGUAUUGAGCCGACUGCAGACCUCAGUGGUAUUACUGAGCAGCUUAUCACGUGCAAGUCAGGAAGUACCUUCACCAUCGAUGUUCCCAUUAGCGGCAGACCAGCGCCUAACGUUACUUGGAAACUUGAGGAAAUGAGACUGAAACAAACUGAUCGAGUCUCCAUUAAAACUACCAGAGACAGGACAACCUUGACUGUUAAAGAGAGCAUGCGUGGUGAUGGUGGAAAAUAUUACCUGACCCUGGAAAAUGUCACUGGAAGCAAAACCUUCACAGUCACUGUCAAUGUCACUGGCAGACCUAAUGCUCCCUCUGGACCCAUUGAGGUCUCAUCAAUCACAUCAGAGUCCUGCGUGCUGAAGUGGGAGCCACCUGAAGAUGAUGGCGGUACUGAUAUUACCAACUACAUUGUGGAGAAGCGUGAGUCCGGCUCUACUGCCUGGCAGCUGGUGAAUUCCAGCAUAAAGCGUACAACGUUCCAGGUUACAAAUCUAACUAAGUACAUGCAGUACACUUUCCGAGUCUCUGCUGAAAACAGAUUUGGUGUGAGCAAGCCCACUGAGUCCGAGACUGUUGUUGCUGAACAUCCAUAUGUUCCACCAAGCCCCCCGACUCGACCAGAAGUAUUCUCAGUCAGUGGAAAUGCUAUGAGUAUUCGCUGGGAGGAGCCAUAUCAUGAUGGCGGCAGCAAAGUGAAUGGAUACUGGAUUGAGAAGAAGGAGCGCAACACCAUCCUUUGGGUCAGGGUGAACAAAGUCCCGUGCUUUGAAUGCUACUACAAAGUAACUGAACUUGUGGAGGGCCUUGAGUACCAGUUCAGGGUUUAUGCAAUGAAUGCUGCAGGACUGAGUAAAGCCAGUGAAGCCUCAAAGAGAAUGGUGGCUCAGAAUCCAGUUGAUCCCCCUGGCAAACCAGAAGUCACUAAAGUGACGAGAUCUACAGUAUCCAUCAAGUGGUCCACGCCACUCAAUGAUGGUGGCAGUCCAAUUGCUGGAUAUAUUGUUGAGCGCAAACCGUAUACUAUUUCGGGUGAGGGUCGCUGGCUCAAGUGCAACUACACAAACAUCACUGAGACAAACUUCACCGUAACAGCCUUGGGUGAGGGGGAGUCAUAUGAGUUCCGGGUUAUUGCAAGGAACACAGCCGGGGUGCACAGUCUGCCCUCGGAAUCCACAGGAUCUGUGACAUGCAAAGCCGAAUACAGUCCUCCUACUGCUGAGCUUGACAGCAAACUUCUCUCAGAGACUGUGACUGUCAGAGCCGGAGGGGACCUUGUUCUUGAUGCUGCUAUCGGUGGUAAACCUGACCCCAAGGCCUUUUGGGCUAAGGGACAGAAAGAACUGGAACUCUGUGAGAAGUAUUUCCUGCAGUACACCAGCACUCGUGCUAUGGCUAUAAUCAAGUUCUGCGACAGAGAUGAUUCUGGAAUUUACAACCUGACAGUAAAGAAUGCCAGUGGUGUCAAGACAGCAGCUGUCAACGUUAAAGUACUUGACACACCUGGACCUUGUGAGGACAAGAUCACCAUUAGCAAUGUGUCGGAACAAAAGUGCACUGUGUCCUGGAAAAAGCCUCUGCAGGAUGGUGGAGAUGAGAUCACGCACUACGUUGUUGAGAGACGUGACACCAAUAGACUCAACUGGGUCAUAAUGGAGUCGGAGUGCAAGAGUCUCUCAUGUGUCAUUGGCAGAAUGAUUAAAAAUCACGAAUACUUGUUCCGUCUCAGAGCAGUGAACAAGUACGGGCCUGGUGUGCCCCUCCAGUCCGACCCCGUCGUGGCCAGAAACACGUUCACUGUGCCAUCACCGCCUGGGGCACCAGAAAUCAUUGUUGUUGGAAAGGAUUUUGCAACCAUCCAGUGGCUGAAGCCAGAGAACGACGGUGGCAGUGAAGUUACCAACUACCUCGUGGAGAAGCACGAAAGGAAGAGCAUCAGGUGGACCAAAGUCAACAGAGACUUGCCUAUAACUGACACCACGUUUAAGGUGACUGGUCUUCAGACAGGCAAUGUUUACCAGUUCCGCGUCACCGCCAUGAAUGCGGCUGGAGACAGUGAGCCAAGUGAAGUAUCCCUGUACGCAGUUUGCAGGGAGGCCACUUUCGUUCCAGCUCCUCCCUCGAUCCCACGCGUGUCUGACACGACGAAGGACGGCGUCAGCCUUGUCUGGACAAGGCCGACAGAUGAUGGCGGUGCAGACAUUAUUGGAUAUGUUCUCGAGAUGCAAGAAGUGGGGGCAGAACAAUGGACUAAAGCUCAUGAAAAGAAUCUGAAGGACACUGAGUACACUGUGACUGGCCUUUCUGCCAACAAAAAGUAUCUGUUCAGAGUAGCUGCCAUUAACGUCAACGGCACCGGCGAUUUCAGUGACCCCUGUACAGAAGUCGAGCCUCAGGAAAGACUAGAAUCCCCUGAUAUUGAUGUUCCUGAUGAACUCAAGAAAACCAUCUGCCUGAGAGCCGGUGGUUCCCUUCACCUAGUUGUUACAGUGACAGGAAGACCAACCCCUGUAGUGACCUGGAGCAAACCUGGGGUAGUUCUGCAAAAUCGUGGUUUUAUUGAGGUCGCCAAGAAUCAUGCCUCUCUGAUCAUUGACAAUGUGCACCGAUAUGAUGCUGGCACAUACACCAUUGAAGCUGAGAAUUCAUCUGGCAAGAAGUCAGCAACCAUACUUGUCAAGAUUUAUGAUACUCCAGGGCCACCUGGUGCACUUAAAAUUAAGGAUCUCACGAAGGAUUCUGCGGUGAUUACAUGGGAUCCUCCAAGCGUUGAUGGUGGAGCACCCGUGAAUAACUACAUCAUUGAGAGGCGUGACACAUCGAUGAGGGCCUACAAGACAGUGACAUCUAAAUGUCACAAGACAUCCUACAAAAUUACUGGCCUCAUGGAAGGACUGCUAUACUGCUUCCGGGUCUUGCCAGAGAACAUAUAUGGUAUCGGUGAGGCUUGUGAGAUCAGUGAUGCUGUACUGGUAUGUGAGGUACCCAUGGUUCCACAGAAGCUGGACGUGGUCGAUGUCACCAAGAGCACAGUGACACUAGCGUGGGAGAAGCCGCUGCAUGACGGUGGUAGCAGAAUCACUGGUUACAUAAUUGAAGCGUGUCGCAGCGGAACAGACAAGUGGAUGAAGGUGGCUACUCUGAAAAUGACAGAUUUCGAGCACACUGUUGUUUCCCUGAACGAAAAAGAGCAGUACCUCUUCAGGGUCAGAGCUCUGAACAGCAGAGGAGCAAGUGAGCCCAGAGAGAUUGUCACAGCUGUAACCGUCCAAGAGCAAAGAGUAAUGCCCAAGAUCGACUUGUCUGCAUUUCCUCACAAGUCUAUCAGUGUACCAGCAGGCAAACCAAUUGAGCUGGGCUUGCCAGUCAUCGGUAGACCUCCUCCGCUUUGCUCAUGGUACUUUGGUGAUGUAAAGUUGAAAACCCACAACCGUGUCAAAAUUGAAAGCUCAGCAAAAUACUCCAAACUGACUGUGAGUGACACGACGAUCGAUGACACAGGCGACUACAUGCUUGAGUUGAGGAAUGCAGUAGGUACUGCUACAGAGGUCAUUAAAGUCAUCAUUCUAGCCCAACCUGAUGAGCCCCGAGGACCAAUCAGAUUUGAUGAGAUCGACGCUACAUCUGUCACUAUCAGCUGGGAUCCACCUGAGAGGGAUGGAGGUUCUCCCAUCACUCACUACGUUGUUGAAAUGCGUGAUGCUCACCGUCCAGGGUGGCUCCCUGUGUCUGAGUCUGUCAGCAGACCCACGUACAAAUUUGCCAGGUUGACAGAGGGAGAUGAAUAUGUGUUCCGUGUUGCUGCAGCGAACCGCUUUGGCGCCGGAUCAUUCUUGCAGUCUGACAACGUAAUUUGCAAGAGUGCCAAAACCCCACCAGGACCACCAGGUAGACCCGAAGUGUUUGACAUGUCACGAGAUGGAAUGACUUUGGCUUGGUUCCCACCAGAUGAAGAUGGUGGAUCUAAGGUGACGGGAUAUAUCAUUGAACGCAAAGAAGUCAGAUCCGAUCGAUGGGUGCGAGUUAAUAAAAAUCCAGUGACAAUGACCAGAUACAGAUCUACUGGCCUCAUUGAAGGCCUGGAAUACGAGCACAGAGUUACAGCUAUUAACUCCAGAGGCAUUGGCAAACCCAGUCUUCUUUCUAAGCCAGCAGUGGCAACAGAUCCUGUUGAUCCGCCUGGCUCACCUCAAAACCCCAGAGUUGUAGAUACAACUAAAACAUCUGUAUCUCUGGCUUGGAGUCCUCCUGAUGAGGAGGGUGGCUCCAAAGUCACCGGCUACUUGAUAGAAAUGCAGAAGGUUGGCUCGUUUAACUGGAUUAAAUGCAACGCAACUCCAGCACUGAUCUGUGAGUACACCCUAACACAAAUGCCCCCAGGGGAGGAGUUCAAGUUCCGCGUAUUGGCAUGUAAUGCUGGUGGCACAGGAGAGCCAGCCGAAGUCCCAGGAACCAUUAAAGUUACAGAAAUGCUUGAACCUCCUACUUAUGACCUGGAAGCUAAGUACCAAGAAGGCAUUGUUGUCAGACAGGGUGCAGUCAUCAGACUAUGUGUGCCAAUCAAGGGUAAACCAAGCCCUACCUGCAAAUGGACAAAGGAAGGUUGUGAUCUUACUCAGAGGGCUAUGAUUGCCAACACAGAAGACCUCGCAGAGCUUGUGAUCAAAGAAGCGAACAAAGACGACAGCGGCACCUACAAUCUUGUGCUGGAGAACAAAUGUGGCAGAAAAACUGCGGUGAUUAAAGUGAAAGUCAUUGGGCCUCCAGGGCCACCUGAGGGUCCACUUAGAUUCGAUGACAUCCAUGCGCACUCUGUGAAAGUGAGCUGGAAAGCCCCUGUAGAUGAUGGUGGCUCUCCAGUUCUUGGCUACAUUGUUGAGAGACGUAAGGUCCCCAAAGCAGCGUGGUACACAGUGGACACCAGGGUGGUAGACACAUCUUUGGUGGUAAAAGGUUUGAAAGAAAAUAUUGAGUAUGAGUUCAAAGUGACAGCUGAGAACCAGUUUGGCACCAGUAAAUCUCUGAAGUCGCAUGAAACUGUCACGCCCAAAACACCUCUAUGUCCUCCAGAACCUCCUAGCAACCCACCAGAAAUCGUCGAUGUCACAAAGAGCUCUGUUGCCCUGUCAUGGUCCAGACCUAAAUACGAUGGAGGGUCUCGCGUUUCCAGCUACUUUGUUGAACACAGAGAGGCUUCCACCGAUGAGUGGAUACGUCACGAGAAGCAGAUUACAACUACCAUGUACACACUAUCUGGGCUAACCCCUGAGAAAGAGUAUCAUUUCCGUGUCAUUGCCAAAAAUGACAUUGGGGAGAGUGAGCCGGGACCUGCUUCAGACUCAGUUAUAUGCAAAGAUCCAUUUGACAAACCAAGCCAACCAGGUGAGAUCGAUACAGUAAUAGUGACGAAAGACUACAUCUCCAUCCGCUGGGAGCGCCCAGAGUGUGAUGGUGGAAAGGAGAUUCUGGGAUACUGGGUUGAAUACAGGAUGUGUGGAGAAAGUUCUUGGAAGAAAUGUAACACAGAGCGCACAAAGGACAAAGAAUUUACAAUGGGCAACCUCAGAGAGGCUACUGAAUAUGAGUUCAGAGUGUUUGCUGAAAAUGAAACUGGGAUAAGCCGACCCCGCAGAACGGCCACAAGUAUCAAAACUAAACUGAGUGUUGGUGAUAAACCAAGCCUGCGCAAAGAGAUAGAAGAAGUCACAGCCAAACUUGGGCAGUCAGCAAUACUGAAGUGCCAAAUCAUUGGCAGACCUCUUCCAGAGAUCAGAUGGUACAGGCACGGCAAAGAGCUGAUGCAGACUGAGAAGUAUGCAAUGACCUCAGACGGUCGAAUCCAUACGCUAAAGGUCCUGGCAAACAGGCAGGAGGACGAAGGCAUAUACACAUGUAAAGCUGUCAACGAGGCUGGAGAGGUAGAAACAAGUGGGAGUCUUGUUCUGGAGGCUCCUCCUCAGAUACAUCCAGAAUACCCUCUGAAGGAGAUAUAUUACGCAGGGUGUGGUACAAGCCUACGUCUGCACGUUGUGUACAUUGGACGCCCAGAACCAAAGAUAAUGUGGUUCCACAACAACAAACCUCUGGAACCAUCUGACAGAGUCAUAAUUGAAAACACGGAUCAUUACACCCAUCUAGUCAUCAAGGAUGUGCACCGCAAGGAUGCUGGAAAAUAUAAAGUAUGGUUUAGAAAUGUUUUUGGAACAGUAGACACUGUACUCAGCGUUGACAUUCAAGAUAAACCCCGUGUGCCAGUGGGGCCAAUAGUUGUUGAUGCUCUUCUGAAGAACUCUGUGAUCAUUAGCUGGAACCCACCUGCUGAUGAUGGUGGAGCAAUGAUUACAAACUACAUUGUGGAGAAGCGUGAGGAAACUGAAGGUGCGCCGUGGCAGUUAGUAUCAUCUUCAGUCUCAGGAACAUCGUGCAGAGUUCCAAAUCUUACCGAAGGAGCUGGAUAUUACUUCAGAGUGUCUGCUCAAAAUCGGUAUGGCAACAGCGACCCCCUGGAGAUCCCUGCUGUGGUCAUUAUUAAGAGUCAGCUAGAUAAACCUGGAAUUCCACAAAAACUUGCUGUUUCCGGAAUAACUAAAAAUUCAUGUAUAGUGUCUUGGAGGCCACCUAUUAGUGAUGGCGGUUCAAAGAUCAAGAACUACUACCUUGAGAAACGAGAUUUGAAAUCAGGUCAAUGGGUGGCAGUGACCACUGAUGAAAUUCACCAGACAGUCUACUGUGUCAAAGGCCUGGUUGAAGGUUUGCAGUAUGAAUUCAGAAUCAAAUGUGAAAAUCUUGGCGGAGAAAGUGAAUGGAGUGAAGCAUCUGCACCAAUCACUGCAACAGGCGAGAUUGAGAUCCGUGCUCCUGCUUUUAAAGAAGAACUGAGGAACAUGAGUGUGAAGUACAAGAGCAAGGCCACUCUAGUCUGUAAAGUCAGUGGGCAACCUAAGCCUGUUGUUAAAUGGUACAAGCGUGGCAAAGAGAUUCACUCUGAAGGAGAAAAAAUUAAAAUUCAAGAAUUCAAAGGUGGCUAUCAUCAACUGGUCAUCACUGCUGCUGAUGAGGAGGACUCAACAGUCUAUCAGAUCAGGGUUACAAACCAGGGAGGAUCAAUCGCAGCAACUGUCUCUCUGGAUGUGGAAGUGCCUGCCAAGAUCCACCUGCCUAAAAAUUUGCAAGAAAAAGAAGCAGUGCUAGCACUUCGUGGUGAAGUGGUUAGCAUCAAGAUUCCUUUCAGCGGAAAACCCGAUCCAGUGAUCACGUGGCAGAAAGGACAAGACCUCAUUGACAGCAAUGGCCAUUACCAAGUAAUUGUUACCAGGUCUUUCACAUCCUUGGUAUUCUCUAAUGGAAUUGAAAGGAAAGAUGCUGGCUUCUACAUAGUUUGUGCAAAGAACAGAUUUGGCAUUGACCAGCAGACUGUCGAGAUUGAUGUUGCGGAUGUCCCUGAUCCACCGAGAGGCAUCAAAGCCAGUGAUGUGUCCAGGGAUUCUGUGACCCUCAACUGGUGUGCGCCGGCUAAUGAUGGAGGAAGCAAGGUCACCAGUUACAUUGUGGAAAAAUGUGCUACCACUGCAGAGAAAUGGACACGUGUAGCUCAGUCCCGUGACACGCGCUACACGGUUAUCAACUUGUUCGGCAAGACAAGUUAUCAAUUCCGCGUCAUUGCCGAAAACAAAUUUGGCCAAAGUGAGCCAUCAGAACCAACAGGUCCUGUAGUUACGAAAGAGGAUAAAUCCCGAGUGCUGAAUUAUGAUGAGGAAGUGGAUGAUGUUAGAGAAGUCACAGCAGCCAAAGCUCCUCAUUCAGACACCAAGAAUCUGCACAACAAAUACAUGAUUGCUGAGGAGCUGGGACGUGGACAGUUUGCUAUUGUCCACCGUUGUACUGAAGUGAGCUCUGAGAAGACAUAUAUGGUCAAAUUUGUUAAAGUGAAAGGUGCUGAUCAGGCAGUUGUGAAAAAAGAAAUUGCCACACUUAACGUGGCACGACACAGAAACUUCCUGUGUCUCCAUGAGUCAUUUGAGAGUCCUGAGGAAUUAGUCAUGAUCUAUGACUUCAUUUCCGGUGUAGACAUUUUUGAACGCAUUGCAACACCAGACUUUGAGCUUACUGAACGAGUGAUAGUAAACUACAUCAAGCAGAUCUGUGAAGCUCUUGCAUUCCUUCAUAGUAAGAGCUAUGGGCAUUUUGACAUCAAGCCUGAAAACAUUGUCUAUACCACAAGAAAGAGCACCAAAAUCAAGAUAAUUGAAAUGGGUCAAGCAAGACACCUUACACCUGGAGAUACCAUAAAAAUCCAGUUCACUGCACCUGAGUAUUGUGCCCCUGAAAUCCACCAGCAUGACUUGGUGAGCACUGUCACCGACAUGUGGUCAGUUGGUGUGCUUGCAUACGUGCUUCUUAGUGGACUUAAUCCGUUCAUAGCUGAAACUAAUCAGCAGGUGAUUGACAACAUCUCAAAUGCAGAAUACAGUUUUGAUGAUGAAGCCUUCAAGAAAGCUAGUCUUGAUGCAUUAGACUUUGUGGACAGACUUCUGACAAAAGACCGCAAACAUCGUAUGACUGCUGCUGAAGCACUGGAACAUCCUUGGCUGAAAACUAACCCUGAAGAACUCAGCAACACAGCCAUAAAGACCUCAAGGCACAAAAGAUAUUAUCAGACCUUGGUGAAGAAAGAAUGGAAUGUUGUUGUUUCAGCAGCUCGUGUUGCAAGUGGAGGUACCAUCAGAAGUCAAAGAGGGGUCACAGUUGGCAAAGUCAAGAUUGCACCAUUUGAACAUGGUCCUGUUGCUGGUCAGGUCAAACACAAUGCUACAGAGGAAGGAGGAGAUGCAAAAUUUAUAUGUCAUAUUGAGAACUACGACAGCAGCACAGAAGUGACUUGGUACUGUGGAGUGAGACAACUUGAAGAAAGUGAUAAGUACGAAAUCAGCUAUGAAGAUGGAGUAGCCAUCUUGUCUGUGAAGGGGGUGGUCAGAGCUGAUGAUGGGACAUACAGGUGCAAAGUCGUUAAUGAAUAUGGAGAGGACAGUGCCUAUGCAGAACUCUUUGUUGAAGGAGUCAGAUCUUACCGUGAUUUCUUUGUUGGACGCACAGUGAAAAAAGCAAAACGUAAAGUAGAUACAUCUAGAAUCCUUCAAAGGCCACCUGAAUUUACCCUACCUCUGAUCAACCGCACUGCACAUAUUGGUGAAGAUGUGCGUUUUGGAGUCACCAUAACUGUGCAUCCGGAGCCUCGUGUUAUGUGGCUGAAGUCUGGACAAAAAAUCACACCAGGAGAGGAUGACAGAAAAUACACAUUUACAAGUGACAAGGGUCUCUAUCAGCUAGUGGUUCACAAUGUUGACUUUAAUGAUGAUGCUGAAUACACCGUUGUGGCACGCAACCGAUUUGGGGACGACAGCUGUAAGGCACGUCUAACGGUAACUCCGCGACCCACUCCUGCUGACACAACCCUGAGGCCCAUGUUCAAACGAGUCCUUGCAAAUUUAGAGUGCAGAGAGGGCCAGAGUGUUCGCUUUGAAGUGAGAGUGUCAGGAUCGCCUAUCCUGAAGUGGGAGAAAGAUGGCACACCUUUGUCUUUUGGGCCGCAAAUUGAAGUCGUUCACGAAGGCUUGGAUUAUUAUGUCCUGCAUGUCAAAGACACUCUUCCCGAAGAUUCCGGCACAUACAGAGUGACAGCCACAAACUCAGCUGGAUCUGCAAGCUGCCAAGCAACACUGAGAGUAGAACGUGUUACCCAUGUAAAGAAAGAAUACGAGAGUGAGGCAGAUCAAAAGAAACGAGCUGAGAAGGAAGAAAUUGACAAGAAGGUGAGAUUAUCACAAAUCCUUUCAGGCACAGAAGUCACUCCGCUCAUCCCAGUGGCACAACAGGCUUUAAGAGAGGCUGCAGUUAUGUAUAAACCUGCACUGAGUAAAACAGACAAAGCUGAAAUUGCAGAUAGAAAGGAAAAAGAGGAAAGGAAAAAGAGAGCAGAUGAAAAGAGACUUCGGAUGCCAUAUAAUAUCCCACAGCCGCGUGUCCACGCUCCAACGGCCCUUGAGCAGGACAAUGAGAUUAAGUAUUUUGUGCCUUUUUCGGAUAUGAAGUGGUAUAAGAAACUCCGUGACCAGUUUGAAAUGCCGGAACCACUGGAAAAACAUCCACAGAAGAGACUGAAACGCAUUCGACUCUCAAGAUGGGACAAAUUCUAUGAAGUGCCUGUCGCAAGGAUUAAAGAUCACUAUGUGUCUAGGAGGAUCGUUCUAAAGGCUUCCCAAGAUGAUUUAGAAACUGUAAGACCAGCACGGUACCGCACACCAUCUCCCGAAUCUGAGGCAUUCUACCGACCAAGAAGGAGGUCACUUGGUGACCUCUCAGACGAGGAGCUUCUCCUCCCAGUUCAGGACUACUUGUCCAUGAAGAGGACUGAAGAAGAGAGACUUCGACUUGAAGAGGAACUGGAGCUUGGCUUUUCUGCCUCUCCACCAAGUCUGAGCCCUGUGCGCUUUGAACUAUCUCCAUUGCGACAUCCACCUGCAAAGAGAAGGACAUAUGAGGAGGAAGACGAAGAAGAAGAGAUUCAAAGAUAUGACUCAUAUCGUAUUCCAUCUAAACACGAAGCUGGUCCAAGCUUCAUUGAUCUCCGGCAACGCCAUGAGAAAGCAACGUAUAGAGCUCCAAAGCAAAAGCAAAGAGUACAUGAAGAAAGGGAGGAUCAUGAGAUUCUUCGUCCUGUAGCUACGGCCCAAAGGCUUACUACCUACAAAAAUGAGCUGAAACGUAUUGAGUUUGAAGAGAAAACUUCUGUGUCAAGAAAAGAACGAAAAGUACAUAUUUCGUCAGCAGCCACAGAAGGACUGGAGCCAAGCACUACAUAUAUGCCUAUACAUACCCCCCUUACACGUCCUGUGUCUGUACCACUCAGAUCACCCACCCCUGACAAAGCACAAGCACGUUCCCCAAGUCCCAUCAUAACUGAGACCACACCCUUCAAGCCCGAAGAGUCUGCAAGAGUUGACUUCAUCUCUAGAUACGAAGCAAGAAAAGCAGCUCUCAAAACUGAAAGGAAGUACGAGGUUGUGACUCAGCAGCCAUUCAGCCUUGACCAUGCUCCUCGCAUAACCGUGAGAAUGCGCUCUCAUCGCGUACCUUUUGGUCAAAAUACUAAAUUCACGCUAAAUGUACAAGCCAAGCCAUAUGCUGCAAUUAAGUGGUUUCAUAAUGGACAGGAGAUUCAGGAGGGAAGCAAGUUCCAAUUUAGCAACAUCAGUGGGGUUUUGUCCCUCCAAAUUUUUGAUUGCCAGUUAGAAGACAGUGGUACGUACCGUGUUUCUUGCAAAAAUCCAAAAGGAGAAGCCUCUGAUUAUGCCACUCUGGAUGUAACAGGAGGAGAGUAUUCUUCAGUAUCUUCUCAUCGCAAAGAUGAGGAACCUCCCACACCUUUUGUUCCUGAAAUGACAAAGACAGAGGUUUAUCAUGUAUCCUCCUCAAAGGCAGCUGCAUCUUCUGAAACACAUGUAGAAGUAAAAGAAACCAAAUCAGAAAUACAUGAAUCGCGUGAACAUGUUCAGUAUGAAGAAUGUGUAACAUCUGAAAAGAUGGAAAUCCUGGAAGUCACAAAACUGAAGGAAGUAACUGUACAUGAGGAAAAGGUGGAAACUGUAGAAGUGAAAAAAGUGGAAGAAGUCAUUGUGCAAGAGGAAGUGAAACCCGGUAUACCUGCAAAAAUAGUAACGAAACCUGAGUCUCUUACAGUUUCUGAAGGGGAGUCAGCUAAGUUUACCUGUGAUUGUGAUGGCGAUCCGACACCCAGCGUUACCUGGAUGCAUGAAGGACAAAUAAUCGUCUCUUCCCAUCGGUACCAAGUGACUUCAUUAGAACAUAAGUCUAUCUUUGAGAUUUCUUCUGUUGAAACAGCAGAUGAGGGAAAUUAUAUUGUGGUUGUGCAGAAUUCUGAGGGUAAACAGGAGGCACAGUUCAGUCUAACAAUCCGCAAAGCCACACCUAAAGAGAAAGCCAUUGCAUCACCACCUAAAGUAAAGUCACCUGAGCCCAGACUAAAAUCUCCAGUAUCGCCACUCGCCAAGUCACCCGAGCCUCGUAUCAGAUCACCGUUUGGAAUAAAAUCACCACCAAAGAUUAAAUCACCUGAGCCCAGAGUGAAAUCACCAGUGUCCCCAGGUGCCAAAUCCCCAGAGCCUCACAUUAUGUCACCUGUAGAAACUAGUUCACAACCUGCAACAAAGUCACCUGAACCAAGAGUAAAAUCUCCAAUAUCGCCUAGUCCCAAGUCUCCAGAACCUCGUUUAAAGUCACCAUUUGAGAUUAAAUCACCACAUGCAUUGAGGUCUCCUGAACCCAGAGUGAAAUCUCCAGGUUCCCCAGGUCCCAAAACUCCAGAACCUCGUAUUAAGUCACCCGUAGAAAUAAAGUCACCAUCCAGAGUGAAAUCACCAGAGCCCAGAGUAACAUCUCCAUUGUUCCCAAGUCCCAAAUCGCCGGAGCCUCGUGUCAAGUCUCCUGAUCCUGCAGCCCCACCUCAGAGGAUUAAGUCCCCAUUCGCAGUUAAGUCACCAACUCCAACCAAGGCUUCUGCAACGAGACCAGAUUUCUCUGUGACUCUGAAAGAUGUCACAGCAUCUUCGGAUUCUAUUGUAAAGCUGUCAGUCAAAGCAACGGGAGAUCCCACACCAGUGUUUUCCUGGAUGAAAGAUGAAAAGAUCAUCUCUCAAGGUGGAAGAUAUGAUAUUUUUGAAGAGGAUGGAUUUUCAUAUCUUGAGAUCUAUGAAACUGAGGUUUCUGAUACUGGGGUGUACAAAUGUAUUGCCAGCAAUUCUGCUGGGUCCUGUACGUCAACCUGUCGUGUCACCAUUCAAGCAUUCAAGGAAAGCAAAGCCAUUCAGAUAAUUGAUGAGAAAGAGGCCAUCCUUUCCUCGCAUGUGAAAAGAGAAGUGAGGGAACAAACCGUUCUGACUGAGGAAUCUUCCAGGAGGAUGGUUAGAGAGGAAGGGUUUUCUAGCAUGACAGUCCACUCUGCUGCCUCUAUGCAGGAGGCUUCGUUCAGCAGCUCCAGAGUGGCUGAAUCUCAGUUCGAAUCCAUGUCUGCUACAAGUACAUCCUCUGUGACUUCGAAAUCCAUGAGCUUCACAAGUAUGAUGGAGGAAAUGACGGGCCAAAAAGUCACUUCACAUAGUCUUCAGGGCACAACAAAGAAAAUUGAGGCUCUCUCUGAAGACGUGAGCGUAGAUUAAGUCUGGUUUGGGCAGUAGGCUGGUGAGAGAGGAGGAGAGCAGGAGGUUCCACACCAAAACCAUCAAGGUCCUCACCAUCUCUAUGAUGUGAAGCAAAACGAUGAUGGGCCUGACAUCCUCAACCUGUCCGCUGAACUUGGAUUGGCUCCUGCUACAGUCAACAUCAGGCGCAACAACAAGAUCAAGAAAGAACUUUUUCUCUUCCUUCACACCUGUAUUUAUUUCUCCUUUUUUUUUUUUUUUUUUUAACCUGCUUGACCAGUCAAGGUUGCAGUGAACCCUCCAUCAGUGCCUUCUUAUUUAAUAAUUGAAAAACUGAAGACUUAUUGUAAAUAUUAACUAUUUUUGUACCAAACCUGACAUUAACUUAUGCCAAACUAGACUAAACAAUGUUGAAGUGUAAGAUGUUAAAAUGUGCCAUAUUGGAUAAUUAUUAUUACUUUGGAUUUUUGAUUGGUUUUUCUGUGACAUGUAUAUAAUGUAUAUAGCCGAACUUAACGGUUAUGGAAAAGGUAUGCGUUGCUAUAUUUAUGGCAAUAUCAACCAGAACAAGUGGAAGUAAACGUUUAACAGGAGAAAGUUCAAUGGAAACGAAUACCCUGAAGAACCUGGAACGAAACGAUGCGCCUCAACAAUAAGUUGAAGUCUUAAGAUUGCCUCAGCAGGUAGAGAGGCUCCCUGUUGAUGUUGCACGAAGUUGCAGAGACGGCGCUACCGGCUGUGUGACUGACUGCGUGUGUGUGCAGUAAUAACAUGGUACUCUGACGAAUUUCUAAGCGAUCGUAAGACCCUGAGUGCUGUUUGCAUUCUACCCUCAUGUAAGCUGCACAACUGGGCCUUGUGUUCAUACGAAGUACCAUGACGAAGUGUCACGAGCUUUUAACGGAGAGCCCAGGGUGCGAGCGGCCGGCACUCUGAGAGCAGCGUUAUUGUAAGUGCACGCUUUCUGCCAACGGGCUGCCUGAUUGACGGCGAGGGAAACGAGAACACGACCUGGCCACGGACCUCUCGCGUCAUUCAAGUACUUCUUUGCAGAAGCAGUGCUGCCUCUUGGAGGAUUGCUUGGGUGCCACGUAUUCGUGUGUGUGCGUGUUUCUGCGCGCGACCUUUCGAACGUCUGUGUGUUUGUGUGUCCGUGUGUUAGCGUUAGAAGUUCACCUUGUCAGUAGUCAGGACAGCUCUAGAGCGAACGCACUGCAGAGACACCGCGAGCAGCGUCCAACACACUAAACAAAUGCAUUAGUUGCAUGUCCUGAAAUUUGAUUUUAUUGAACCUAUUAAUGUAGCUUAACCCUAUAUGAGCAACCUCCUUGAGUGUUAUCAGUUUAAUAAAGCAUGAUUUGAGCAC